AUGAAGAUUAAAGUAGGAACAGAUUCUUCAAGCAGAGAUUUGUAUCUUGGUGCUUCUGCAUUUUUUCCAGACUUCUGAGAUGUACAAGUCCUAAGACUUUGAAUCACUGCAUUGUGAAGAUGGAUCCAGCCCUGCACAAGAUUUGGGAUUGAUGUUCCUGGCUUCAAAGGGCAGGAGAGGAAAAGUUCAAAGGUGGACUUUGGUGUAGGCCUGUUUUCAGGUUGCAAAGGAAAUGCGAUUUGCAAAAUCUCACUGUUUAAACUCCAGGACUUUAAUGGAAAUGAGAAACAACAGCUGCAAUUAUAGACCGUUCCAAUAAUCUCUCUCUCUUGUCUUUUGAUGUGCUGCCUGUGGCUAAAAUAAAAACUUAGCUGAGAAAGGCCCCGCCCUGGAAAUGACUUGUGCAGCCAACGACAGAUUGCGUGUUGUUGUUUUUUUGUUCAAAGACACUCAGGUUAAAGAGCUGGAGAUCAUUCAAAGCCUGUCCCUUCCAUGUGUGCAUGGUUACAACUUCAGCUUCUGAAAGCAAAACAGGAAAGCUGUGGAGGAACUUUUGCAGCGGAAGGGGUUAAAUGAAACCCAACUCUCCUUUUCCUGUGCAGUAAAGGAUUAGUAACCAAACAGAAGCUAGAGGAGAGAGGUGGUGUUAAAGAGCCACUGAUUGAGCUGGAAGACUGAGGACUUGAGUGGUGGUGAUCUAAGGUAGCACUGCUGCCUCUUGCAGUCAUCUGUGAGCAGACAAGCACAGCCACAGGUAAGUCUUCGUUUUGGAUUACUGACUGUUUGGCUCUUUGUGCCUCUCGUUGUCCACAUAGUGUCUGGCUUUUGGGCUUUUUUAUCGGAAUAAUAAAAAGUUUUGUAAAAGUGACAGGGAAGAAAUGACUUAAUGUGAGCCUUGUUAUUAUAAACAUCAGAUUUCCUGGCAGUAAGAAAGCAGCCUCACGUAUUAAAUUAAAGUUAAUCCACCCAUAGCUUCAGUAAUUCAAAUAUUAUCAAAUAGCUAAGAUGACAUUCCCAUGUGGGAGGCAGGUAGAAUUUGAGCUUCAUAUAUACUUGGAUUGUCUGCCUUUGGAUAAUCUUAUCAGUUUUGAGCUGAGAAGGCCGUGUAUACAUUUAACAGAUUCUGCAUGUGCAGGAAAGGUGAUAAGGGUGCUUUUAUUUAUAUGUCAGAAAGUAAGUUCCAAGUUUUGGAACUAUGGUACCACAAAAUCCAUUGGUUUCUACACAUGCCUCUGUUUAACUAUCACUUCUGUGUAUAUGCUUGGCUGCUUCGAAAAGCAACAGUGGCUGUCUGUGAGCCAGACUGCAGUCCCAUGAAAAUGUGCAGUUAUGCUUCAGUGCCAAUGGUGAAAUAAGCUAAGCUCAGCACAAGGUGGACAGCAGUGGGUGGCAUUAUACAAUUGGCAUUGGCUGAUUAAACAAUCAUGUUGCUACAUGCUAAAAUGGUUGUGUGAACAAUUCCACAGAUUUUCUGGAGCUGUUUCAAAUACUUGCUUGAUCCUGUAGGCAGGAUUUAAUGGGAAUUUCUUUCUUUUUCUUUCUUUUUUUAAAAAAUACUUUGUCUGGGGAAAGGUUUGCAGGAUCAAGGCAUUUCUUAUGCGGUUUUCUCCACACAAAAACCAACAGACUUGUUGGGACAGCCUCCUUUUAAGAACAGAUCAAAAAUUCCAGGGUAUUAAUCAGAUUCUAAUGACUAUUAGAAAAUGGUUGUAUUUAUUUAACAGCUGCCAGAGAGAGGUAGAAAUUCAACAGGUGUAGCUUUUCUCCAGAAUGAAGAGGCAGUGCUGGGUUAGUGUUAGUGGGAGCUUCUUCAGGGAGGGAUCAUCCUAAGGCUUUCAGAGCAUGCACUCAACACGAGAAAGAUCCCAUGUUUAUUCUGUGGCAUCUCCUGCUCAAAAUACUCUAUAUAUAUUUUUGGUGGCUGGGAGAGGGGGUUGUGCAUUGGCCAGACAGUGCACCCCCUUGCAGCUAGACCCUUGUCAAUCAGGUGCCUGACAUCUGUGGAGACAUUUACCGUUCUUCAAGUGAACAGCCGUAACUGCAUGUACACUCCAAUACACAGAGAUGAAGUUAGUACAGUACAGCAUUGACUUGCCACACCCUUGAUGUCCCUGUGUUGCACAUCAAGUUUCCAUAGGGGCUUGCAUGUGUGGGAGUGUGUGCAUGCCUGUAGGUCCCAGCCAGUACAAUCUGUACACCACAAAAUGGAGUGAAUAGAUUCUGAGGUUGGAGCAUAAAUCAGUUGGGAUCUGCAUAGACAGGCUCCCAGGGAAAUCUAAUAUCCCGUACAUUAUGUGGAUGUUAGGGAUGGAGCAAGCUGCCAUGAUCCUGAUUAUUCACUUGUGCUACAAGUGUUUGAACAUCAAAUAGUUCUACAUUAAAGGAAUAUCAUGAAAGGAGAUCAUGUACCAAUCCCCCUGCCAUUCCCCCCAUAUUAACCCCCUAGCGCUUCCCCUUCCCACCCCAUGCAACUACUAAGCUCCCUUUUCACCUUCUGACAGGGGUGCAGGAAGGGGGGGUGCAGGGGGGUGCAGUCUGCCCCGGGUGUCAUCCUGAAGGGGGGUGACAUUCGGCUCACACACACACCCCGCCCACGACUCCCCCAAGCCCAAUGAGCGGCAAAGUGGCAAGAGGUGAAGCAGCUGCUGCAGCUCCCUCCCUCCCCCCGGCUCGCUGUAGGCUUGGGAGUCACGGCGGGCGCACCAAAUGUCACCCCUCAUCAGCCUGAAAGGGGGUGACAUUCGGCACCCCCUGGGGAGGAUUGCCGUCCUGAGAUCGGCCCCCGGGGAGCUCCGCCACUGUCUUCUGAAUCCCAUUUCUGAAACCGCUUCUGUCUUCUAUUCUGCAGCCCCACUUUGCACCCUUGUUUUCCCCUUCUCCCCCAUACCCAUGCUUCCUGCUUCCCCUCCUUUUGUGAAAGCCCUCCCCUUGCACAGACCACCCCCCUGGUAAUCUCUUGCAUUUUCCCUCCCACACACUGCAACUACUGUACUAAGAACUUUUUCCAGCUUCUGCCCAGUUAUAAAGCCACCAUCCACUCAUUUUCUUCAGACCCUUUCAUGCCCCUGCUUUCAUUUGCAAUGCCAUGUCCAUGCCUCCUACUCCGCCUUUGUACCCCCAUUUUCACCUUCACUCCCAUUUUUUCCUCCGGCCACCUUGUUACUUUUCUCAACUCUGCCUUGCACACAGAUCACCCCAUUUCCAUACCACUCUCUCUCUCUCCUAUUGUGUAGCCCCCUUUGUGCAAACACCCUAUGCUGAUAUAUCUUUCAAGGUGGAUAGAGUCUUAAGAACAAGUCUGUUAGCUACAACUCAGUUGAUGGAUAUGGUAAGAGGGAACACCACUCCUCCCCCCCCCUCGUGCCUUCCCCUUCUUGCUUGCAUGCCAUGGCUACUGUUGUGCAACCUGCCUUCACUUUUUGCUCCCUUACCCUACCCUGACUUUGUGCAAAUCCAGGAUUGUGAUGAGGCACUUCAAAUCCUCCCAAUGGAGGCUGUGUGAUGACAACCUCACUUUAUAUGUAUAUAGGAAGAUAUACACUGAAGCUUUAACUUCACAGUUAUUAUUGUAUGUGAACACACCCAUUUAUGUUUAUGUCUGCUAACUUGUUCAAAAAAACACAUUCUCCGUGCAGAGAAAAAUUACCUUGUAUGGAAGAAUACUGCCACUGCUUGUUUGUUUCUUUCUGCAUGAAUUCCAAAGAGAAAUGAAUCCCAGUUUUGUUAAUGCUGUGGUGAAAAGACAGUAAUUAUUACUUGCAGGGAAAAACAGGUUUUAUUUCCAACAACACAGUUAUUUUGUUCUGAUCACACAGUCAGUCCCUCACGUGCUUUCUUUCAUGUGCUGCAGUGCCAAGAGAGAUCACACAAAUGCACACACCCCUGAAACUGUAUGUGUUAAUGGCUGGGGGAAUAGUGUCUGGACUUGCAAGUAUACAGACUGAAGUACUUCUUUUCCUCACUAUUACCAUUAUCUCUGUAGAGUUAAAGCUAACAUAAUCUUAUAGGCUGAUGUUCUUCUGUGAAACACUUGCUUAAGUGUACAUAUAUCCUACCCUUGCUCCACAGAGCUAAAUGCUGUGAACAUGGUUCUCUCCCCCUUCCCCAAUUUUACCUGUGAAGUAGGCUAUGCUGAGAGACAUUGAGUGGCCCAAGAUCAUCCAUUGAGCAUCUCGACUGAGUGAAGAUUUGGACCCUGGUCCUAGGUCUGACACUUCACGUUCCUUUUGCAGUUGCAAAAUACAGCCUUCCUCCUCGCUCCCCAAUCAGCUGGUGUGGAGUGGAGAAAGAAAUGCUUUGUCAGUCCUACGCUCACCACUUUCGAAAGCGUAGGGCUAGGAAUGGCCCUUGUGCUGUGGUUCCCAGGCACCUGACAGCCAGGUGAAAUCCCACACAAGGGUUUUUGAGAGUGUCAAAAUUUACCCACAGGAAGCCAAAAAAGAUUCUCUCCCCCUACUCUAACUACUGGUAGGAAAUCCACCACACAUAUUAGAAAUAUGCUUUGCUUGGAAUCUCCUUACUAUAUCUGAAAAUCCAAAAUAGUUGGGAAGCAGGGCCAACCCUUCUGUUGUGUGGGGGGAGAUAUUUAUCCCUCCAGGGCCUCAUUGAGUAGCUAAUAUGGAAUUAUGGAAGAAGUGCCAAAGGAAGCCAGGAUCCAAGCACCAUGUACAUGAGUGGAUAUUGGUCCAGCUUCCAGGGUCAGAGGUUUAUGAUUGUUCUUACUGACCUCCAUCCUUGGCACUGUCUUGUAUCCUGUUUUGGAGGAUCACCUGACCUCCAGGAGCAGCUGUUCAGAGAUGUGUAUGUCUGUGUGCAAGAGGCUGCAGUAGAAAGGUAGAUAUGAAGGAGCUAUUCUGUGCAGGUCCAGAAAUGGCUAUUUGGGUCCAAUACAUAAUUUUCAUUAAUAAAUAAUAAACACCAUGAGUGCACACAAUUCCUUCCAGAAUUGUAUAAGCAAAAAAAAAGUCCUUAUUCACCCAAGGAUUUUACAACCGCAGGGGCUCAGCAGAAAUGGAUUAUAGCACUUCUUUACCAUGUGAAAAUUAAGUGACAGAGAACAAUAUUUAUGCAUUGAUCCACUGCCACAGUUCAUGCUUUGUGGAUUAUAAAAUGUUAUAUAAUGAUCUGCUGCGCUAUAGUGCGGCAUGAGAAAAUUAGAUUGUUUCCUCUAUUACCACCACCACCACCCUAUUCACAUGCACCUCUGUCCAGAUGCAAGAGGUGACUUAGUGCCAAAUAACCAAGGACGUUUUGCAGCAGCUGUGAAAUCUCCCAACUGGGGAGCGACUCUGAGAAUAUCCCAGAGACAGAUGCUGCAUCAGGGAAGACCUAGUUUUCAGCUCUCUGUACACUUUAAUUCCUGGCUUGAUAGCUGUCCUGCCACCGGAGUUGCAGUCUUGAUGACAUUUUUAAAAAUACUAUCUGACAUCUCUGCUUACUUGAAGCCUUAACAUUCAGCAUCAAGGAGGCUGAUAUUAACAUAAAUAGAUUAUAAACUCAAAGCAUACCGUCAUGUUGAGAUACUCUUCUCUUCAUUAAUUAAAGGCAGGGUUUUCCAAAAUGUGUUAUAACCAAGAUCUAGAAUUUCCUCUGGCUCGUUAUCUUGAGAGACAAGCACCUGGCUUCACAAGGAAUUCCAGGAUGAUUCAGCCUACAUCCUCACUACCUUGGCACCUUCAUGAAUCACUGUUUCUUCACAGUUCAGAGUUGACAUAGGAAGAAGGGUUGUAACUCCAUGCUACAGCCACAUGUUUUGCCCGGUGAAAGUCCUGGGUUCAUCUCCAGGUAGGACUGAGACAGGCCCACAUCUGAAACCCUGGGAAACCACUGUCAGUCCUUGUCGACAAUACUGAGCUAGAUGGGGAAGUGGACCAACUUAGUAUAGCUUCAUGUGAAUAUGGGGGAUAUAUUUUUAUUACAAUUGUCGUGGGAUGCUAGAGAAGGGGUAGUACCUUUGGUGAGGGACACGUUGUGCUCCUUCUGGGAUAAUUUGCCCACCUUUGGUCCCCAUCCUACACUCAGCUCCUACCCAUGGCUCCCAGUGGUGCAGGCCCCAGUCCAGUGGCCACUGCUGCACCAGAGCUCCAGAGAUAAGGCGGCACUCCACGUGCCACUUGCCUCGCCUCCUCUGCGCACUGAGCAGCGCCUUACCUGUGGCGCUCCAGUGCAGCAGCAGCUACCGGACCGUGGCCUGCUGUUCCAGCACAGUGUAUUUUAAAUACAGAUCUCUCUUCUGCUCAGUGAUCUGUUUAUCUCUAACAUCUCUUUCAUCAAUUAAAUGUCCUGGUCUGCCAAGAGGUAACGAACAGGCAGUUCCAAUCUAUCUUUUCCCCUCGUGUCAUCUUUUUGCACCUCUCAGACAUGUAGAUUUCCUAAAUGAAUGGAGGCAUCUUUACUAAAUGGAUUUGUAAUUUAUGAUGUUGUUGAUUUUGCUGCAUUUUCCCCCAGAAAGGGAAGUCCAAGCAUUGCAAUUAUCCCAUUUGUUAUUUGUGGUGUGAUAAUUCUGUACUGCUGUUCUUAUCUGAGUUGUAUCUGAGUAAGUCAUAUUCACAGCAGACCCACUUAAAUCAACGAACCUAAGUAAAUCACAUCCAUUGAUUUCAAUGUGCUUGUUCUGAGCAUGACUUGGACAGAUGCCACUCUGUAAGAGCCAGUGUGGUGUGGUGGCUAGAGUGUUGUAAUAAUAAUAAUAAUAAUAAUAAUAAUAAUAAUAAUAAUAAUAAUUUAUUAUUAUUUAUACCCCGCCCAUUUGGCUGGGUUUCCCCAGCCACUCUGGGCAGCUCCCAACAGAUUAAAAACAGAAUAAAACAUCAAACAUUAAAGACUUCCCUAAACAGGGCUGCCUUCAGAUGUCUUCUAAAAGUCAGAUAGUUGUUUAUUUCCUUGGCAUCUGAUGGAAGGGCGUUCCACAGGGUGGGCGCCACCACCGAGAAGGCCUUCUGCUUGGUUCCCUGUAACCUCACAUCUCGCAGUGAGGGAACCGCCAGAAGGCCCUCGGAGCUGGACCUCAGUGUCCGGGCAGAACGAUGGGGGUGGAGACGCUCCUUCAGGUAUACCACGACCUGGGGGACCAGGGUUCAAGUUGCUCAUUCUCAGCCUAACCGAUCUCACAGGGUUAAAAUGGAGGAGAAGAAGAGGAAAUAUGUACACUUGAGCGCCUUAGAGGAAAGGAGAGAUCUCAAAGUAUUAAAUAAAGUAAAUGAUUAUUAUGCUGUUUUUCUUUUAAAAAAUGGUCUCUCGUGAGAAAAGAGCCUUUUUGGUGGUGUUUUAGCUAUGGAACAUUCUCCCCUUAUCAGUUUGCCUGGUGUCCACUUGAUGACCUUUGGUUGCUUGGUAAAAUGGUUUUCUCUUCCUCCUCAUGCCUUUAAUGAUUUUUACUGAGUUUUUGGUAGUUCUCGAGGAGCUGGCUUGAAGAGUGUUUUGCUGUUUUAAUCACAUGCUGCAAGAUGCUUUGAAAAAUGUUUUAUUGAAAUGUGAGGUAAAAACCAGGACAUGUGCCAAGGCCUAUACCCUAGUGAGGGCCGCACUGGAGCCCCUCAGUCUAUCUGCUGUUCCUCCUCCUUACUGUCCUUGGCUGUUCACCUGAGUUUUUCAAGCAUGUGAGCAGAAACAGGAGUGGGAGCACUAGAUUUGCUCUGCUGGUAUGUCUACACAGCACCACCCUUGUCAUCCCUUCCUGGUAAGUGGCAGUUACUCUGCUGCCAGGAGGCUAUUGCUGUGGCUCCACCCUCCCAGGUGAGGCAUUCCUGGCAACAACCUCAGUUUGUCUUGCCCUCUCCUUGGUAGCCAUGCAUACUGACCUCAGAGGAAGAGUACAGAUGAAGAACCAAUGUUGACAGUGAUGAGGUCCUGCUAGGGACUUUCUGUCCCUUCUCCCCCAGUAACUUAGAGCUGACACUGGUCUGAACAAAACAAUUUAGCUAACACAAAUUUGGUCAUUUCUGAUGAGUAACUCUGUUUUCACCCCCACAGGACAUGAUGACAUUUGCGUUCCUACUGCUUAUACUAACAGUGAUGCCUUCUUCCAUGUUGGCGGUAAGUAUUCAGAUGUUCUUGUGAGUGGCUGGUUCUGGAGCUUGAGUCAGGUGAUGGAGCAAAAGUAAUAAACCAUGCUAGGAAGAUCAGCACAUGAAUGCUAUUUAUGCAACUUUGUUGGUAGAUGAAAAAUUACAAAUUAAAAGAGAAUAAUGCUACCAACAAGUACUGGUUGUUAUGGCUAUAUUCUGUCUCCACAAUCAGAAGGAGCAUACCUCCCUGAAUACAAGUUGCUUGGGAAGAAUAAUGGGGGGGACAGCUAUUGUCUGUGUGGCCUUCUUGUGGGCUUCCCAUAGGCAUCUGGUUGACCACUGUGGAAAACAGAAAGCUGUUCCUAUUUAGACUUUUGGUCUGAUCCAUCAGGGCUGAUUUUAAUCUUACUUGUUUAAACAAUCAUAAUUGUUCUAGAAAUUGUAGUAGUUUCAGAUCAGUGAGUGGGAAUUAAGAGAGUCAAUAAUGCGCUGGAACCUACCCAUUGGUAAGUCGGUGGGAGGCCCAUCACUAAUGUCAAAGAAAAAUGUAAUGUAUUUCUGAGAAGAGACUGUGGUCCCAUAGAUAUACUAUCAUCUUUACACAAAAUGUAUUUUGAUAGCUUCAAAAAACAUUCCUUCUUCAUGCCCUACUUUUUUAGGUUUUUAAGAAAUGCUGGACAUGAUACAGCCCAGGUUAAGCAUGGUGGUCUUAAAACUCUCUAAUCUGAAUAAGUGUGAUGCUAAAGUACUAAUUUUGCAACAUGACCAAUUAUAUGUAUCACCUUGCAGGACCAGGUGUCAGGCUCCCCAUACCCCAACCCAUAUAAUGGGCAAGGGGCGGAUCUGAGGGAAGCCCACCAUUGGCUCCACCCCCUGGCACAGCCUAAGUCCCAGCCCUCAUCCCCAUUUGCCAAAGCAGGGUGCAGGCUAGGAUCCGGUUCCUGAUAGGCGCGCGCAGGGAGGGGUUCUCUUAUGACUGUUUUUGGCCUCAUUUCAGCCUCAAAUAUGGAUUAGUUCUAACUGAGCUGUUGGGGUUGUGCAAUUUCAGUCUGCUGGUGGGGGACUUAAAUGAUUGAAUGCUCUUUCUUAAAACACACACACAGAGAAUUAAAUGUCCCACCACCACCCAAAUGCCAAUUGCUCUUUACCUUUGCCCCAGAAUAAAUACCAAAUUCUGCAUCAAUGCAUAGUGCAUGCAUUGUACUAUGGCACCAGAGUUUGCCUUCAUCCAGUUAGCAUAAUCUAGACUCCCUGGUUUCUGGAUGGGAACCAGGGCAAAAACUGAUGCAGUACUGGCUCCUAUUUCUGCCAUAGCUGUUGGCAGAAGAAUUACAGUUUUUUUAUAAAAAAAACAUGUUUAUUGUAUAUUUAUAUUUGAGUGCAUUGCAGCGCCAACAUUUAUCAGCUUAGAUUACCUUUACUUUUUAGGUAUUGACUAUUCUGCAUCUGACAUUUGAAGAUUAAUACACUGCUAUUUAGUAUGCUACUUUGUAUUCGUGUUUCAUCUUCUGUUUCAUCUUCUGCUGUCAGUAUUUUAUUUAUCUUCCCUUGCCCAGGAGGUUCCUGUUUUGUACAAGUGCAUUUUCUUGAUAACUGUGGAGUUAUUAUGCAUAUUAAAGAUACUUAUCCCAUUUCACCUUGAAAGCUUUUUACAAACAAGCUGUCUCACUGAGGCAAUGAAUCAGGAGUUACAGAAAUGAUUACAAGAAAUGAUUUAUUCCUUCAUGGGCUAAGUGCUUUGAGCCUUCCCUGCACAGGACACACAUGUUGACUCUAUUUUAAUAUUGCAAUAGAUGAGCUUGUAUCCCACCUGCAUAUCUCUUGAUAUAAAGAUUGGAUAUGUUGUGUUACUGAGCAUCUGGCAUGCCUCUUUGCACAGUCUCAAAAAUAUUCUAAAAGGGUUAUUAGCAUUUGUUUGUUUAUUUUCCUGGUACUAUUUUCCUGCACUAAGUCUUCACUGUUCCAAACAACUUUUCAUAUUGCUUAAGACUGGAACUGGACAGGAGAGGGUAAAUUGUCAGGGCACUACUGAAGACUGCUUUCGUAGCCCUGACAAAGUUGCCAAAUACCUUCCUUUUGUUCUCAUUAGCUCUCCUUCUGAAUGAUUAGGAAAUAGAGUUAGAGUUUGGAUUUGAUAUCCCGCUUUUUCACUACCUGAAGGAGUCUCAAAACGGCUAACAAUCUCCUUUCCCUUCCUCCCCCAUAACAAACACUCUGUGGGGUGAGUGGGGCUGAGAGACUUCAGAGAAGUGUGACUGGCCCAAGGUCACCCAGCAGCUGCAUGUGGAGGAGCGGGGAAGCGAACCUGGUUCACCAGAUUACAAGUCCACUGCUCUUAACCACUAUACCACACUGGCUCUCAAUACCUGAAAUAUCUGCAGUGAGAUUCUUACUCUCUCUUCUAAACAUAAUUGUGAUCUCCAAGCACAUUAAAACUUGGUUAGAUUUACAUCUGCCACCAUCCACCUUUGAAUAAAUGUUCCUCACAAAAAUUCUUAGGUUAGAAUAAAUCACAGAUACUUAGCAUUGCAAAUAAGUUUAUGUUUUAUUCACAGAGUUUCCAGAAGCUACAUCAGACAAGUGUCUAUCCCCUGGCAGUAAAACAAAAAUGAAAAAAAGUUUCCAAAUGGUUUAUAAAGAAAAUAACUUUGUUUCCUUACAAAAAAAGAACAUGUAAUCAGACUAGCAAAGAUCCAGGCUUUAACACCUCCCUUUGGGAAAGAUUGAGUUCACUUAGUUUUUCUUGUACAGUAGUUGGGAGCCAUAGCCACAUGGCUCCUUGCUUGUUCCAAGAAGCAUGAAGAGAAGGAAAAGGGGCAGAGCAUGCUAAGCCACACCCACUGGCAACCUGAGCUCAGGUUAACCUUUUCAUGUGUGCAAGUGUGAGUCAGUGACUGUAUACAACAUAUAUAUUGUCCCCUUCCCUACCCAUGGGGAUGUUGUCAUCUGGGUAUCUGUGAAUAAAAUAAAAACAGACAAAGAGCUGAGUUUGGGCUCUGUAAGCAUCUGAUCUGACGCGGGUGGCACUGUGGGUUAAACCACAGAGUCUAGGACUUGCUGAUCAGAAGGUUGGCGGUUCGAAUCCCCGCAAUGGGGUGAGCUCCCGUUGCUCAGUCCCUGCUCCUGCUAACCUAGCAGUUUGAAAGCACGUCAAAGUGCAAGUAGAUAAAUAGGUACCACUCCGGCGGGAAGGUAAACGGCGUUUCCGUGCACUGCUCUGGUUCACCAGAAGCGGCUUAGUACGCUGGCUCCCUCGGCCAAUAAAGCGAGAUGAGCGCUGCAACCCCAGAGUUGGUCACGACUGGACCUAAUGGUCAGGGGUCCCUUUACCUUUAAGCAUCUGAUCUGAUAUAGGAACACUGGUCCUAGGUAUAUUUUUAAGUAAUCUCCAGGUUGAAUUACUGCACUGUGUUCUAUGUGGGACUGCCCUUGAGUUUGGUCUGUCUGCAUGCAGCUGAUGCAAAAUGUGGUGGCUCAGCUGCUCACUGGUGCUGGAUCAUCGCCAACUUGUUACUUGAGCCUUGAAAGAAUUGCACUGGCUGUCAUUUGGCUACCAGUCUAAGUUCAAGGUGCUGGUUUUGGCUUAUAAAGCCCUCUGCACCUUGGGACCAGGAUACCUGAAAGUUCAUCUCAUGCCUUGUUUACCCAGUUGAUCACCUCACUCUGCAGGCAUGAGCCUCUUGCAAAUACCAUCUUAUCAGAAAGUCUGUUCCACACAAUGUAGGAUUUGAGCCUUUAGUGUUAUGGCAGUCAUGCAUUGGAAUUCCCUCCCCUUGAAAAUAGACAGGUGCUGUCUCUGUUGAUGUUUUGGUGCCUGCUGAAGACUUUCCUCUUCCAACAAGCCUUUUAAGUUUAUAUCUUUCCUAGUCUGCAUCUGUAUUAGAAUUGUUUUAAAUAAGCUUUUACUAUUUUUUCCCCUUGUUGUUUGCCUCCCUUGACUCCUUUGAGAGAUAAACACACACACAAAUAUAUAUAUAUUACAAAAUGCCAAUAAGCCUCCAGUGAUCUCCCUGCAAAGGGAACCAAAUCUGGACAUAUCUUGUGCCCAGGGACAUGUCACCACAGUGAGUGUGAGAAGUGGAUUGAGAAGGCGGGUCGGUGUAACAAUAUCUUCAUUAUUGCUCAUAAUCUUGGGAUUAUUUGCCAGCAGCACAGUUUGUACCAGAGCAAAGUCAAGCCUAGUAAUUGGAUUACUUGGUUUGUUAAGCUGUAGUGAUACUAAUUGUAGCAUCACUAGCUUUCUGAGAAGGGUUUUUCAAGGCUGCCAUAUGAAAUUCUAUUAAACACCUCCUUCUCCAUAAAACUCAAAAGAUCACCUUCUAAAUUCAUUUGUAUCUGUGGUGCAGUCCGAUGAGGGGAACAAGCAAAAUACCAGGCAGAACUCUGGAAGUAAUUAGGAGUAAAUUAGGUAACUUGGUAUUAAUUUCCAGUACGCUUGGACAGACUUUUGAAUAAAAGUUCAGCAGUUAAUUCAGCAGGUUCUUGGUGAUUUCUGGUUGCCAUCCUCUGGAGCAAGGGUUGCCAACAUGGCGCCCUCCAGAUGUUGCUGGACCACAACUCCCAUCAUCCCUGCCCAUUUGCCAUACUGGCUGGGUCUGAUGGGAAUUGGAGCCUAAUAACAUCUAGAGGGCACCAUGUUUGGUGCCUUGGCUCUAGAACAAGGUGGUCCAACUUUUCAUACCAAGUGGGCAGCAAGAGUACUUUGACAUAGAACCAGUGGGUGGGCUGCACACUGCCUUGUUGCACAGAGUGGGGGGGGGAAUGAGGCAAAAAGUUGAUAGUUCUGCCACUGUUGUCCCUCUCCCUCUUUUGCCCACUGCCGCUCUUCCACUCCCUGCCUUGUUUAUUUUUUUAAAGACUGCAGCUAAUGCAGCGGCGGUUCUGGCGAUUUUACCACCUGUCUCUUGAGGAAGAGGGCGUUUCCUCAGAGCACAGAAUUCUGAGUAAAGAGGCUAGACCAUCGCUUUUCUUCAGUACUUAGAAGUUCUCUUUUAAAUGUAGUUUAAAGUUACUUUGAGAACUGUGAUGAUUUUUAAAAUGUGGCAGUGCUGCACACUCUCCUGGGCCAUCUGACCCAGAAUGCCUCUCUCUGAGGAAGAACCCCCUUCAGGCUGAAGGAUUGGGUGGGCAUUCUGGAUAGCCCCACAAGAGAUCACCAGAUCAGGAAGGCAAACAAGCCAGGAUCUACAAGAGGCAAAUUCAGCACCCCAUUUGUUGUUGUUGUUUAGUUGUUUAGUCGUGUGCAACUCUUUGUGACCCCAUGGACCAGAGCACGCCAGGCACUUCUGUCUUCCACUGCCUCCCGCAGUUUGGUCAAACUCAUGCUGGUAGCUUCGAGAACACUAUCCAACCAUCUCGUCCUCUGUCGUCCCCUUCUCCUUGUGCCCUCAGUCUUUCCCAACAUCAGGGCUUUUUCCAGGGAGUCUUCUCUUCUCAUGAGGUGGCCAAAGUAUUGGAGCCUCAGCUUCACGAUCUGUCCUUCCAGUGAGCACUCAGGGCUGAUUUCCUUAAAAAUGGAGAGGUUUGAUCUUCUUGCAGUCCAUGGGACUCUCAAGAGUCUCCUCCAGCACCAUAAUUCAAAAGCAUCAAUUCUUUGGCAAUCAGCCUUCUUUAUGGUCCAGCUCUCACUUCCAUACAUCACUACUGGGAAAACCAUAGCUUACCUGAGUAAAUAGUCUCUGUUUGCAAAUGGGAAGACCAGCCCUGGAAUCAGCUGUCAAGCCCAGUCAGCUUCUGUAUGUGCAAUGGGACAGUGGCAUCCUCCUAUUAUUUGCCUCAGGCAGCAGAAUGUCUUGGGCCUGGCCUGCUCAAAGAGAUGCCAUUUUUCCUCCUUUAUCUUUGUGUGUCAUCGAAAGAAAAAAGAAGCAAAAGACGUAAGUUCUGAUAAGUGUGCAUUUACCACCUGACCUUUUUUCUUCUGGUGUGAAAAUGACAAAGGCCAGCCCUGAUUGUGCUAAUAGUCUUAAGGUCUAAGCAUACAAUCUAUAAAACGCAGUGUGUCUGAAACCAGUAUUGCCCCGUGAAGAUUUGUUUCUCAGCAGACUAAUUCAGAGUGUUCCAGCAGCCGUAUCUUUUUUUAUUUGGGGCUUAAACCGGUUAGAGCAACUGGAGAGCUCAGAGAAAAACUUACUGGGGCCAUCAGCAAAUGCUGGUAGAGUCAUGUUUAUUCAACCUGGAACACUUUAUAUUUAAACAAGAUCUGGCAUCUAAUCAGAAAAUGGACCAAGAAGUCACUAAAUUGACAACAUAAGCCCUGUAUGAACUUUGGUCAAAUUCAAACAUUUAAGAUGCAAAAUUAAACUCUAUGCUCUGCUGGAUGGUUUGUAGAUGUUUAAUCUUCCUGUACUUGGAGUGAACCGUCAUAAAUACUCUUAGCAAGAAAGGGAUGCUUUUUUCGUUUUCUUUUUUUCCACCCCUCCGAAGCGACCACAGGUACAUACUUGCAAAUUUUUACCAAGCCCGUCUGUGUGCCUGUAAUCAGGGAGUACCAGAUUCACUGGGCCAUAUUUUUUGGGACUUCCCUUUGCACAGCAGACUCCACAAACAGGUGUUGAGCAAAAUAUUGUACCUGCAACCCACAGCUCCGAGAGAAAGCCGAAUGAGGUUCCUCCUAGCGGAUAGGGACAAGGACGUUAUUGCCCCAGCGGCUUCCUUUAUAAUCUCCAUCUUACCUGAAAGUGUUCUUAAUGAAUCAUUCCUCUAGGGCAGGGGUUGUCAACCUGGUCCCUACCUCCCACUAGUGGGCGUUUCAGGAUUCUAGGUGGGCGGUAGGGGGUUUUAUGGCAUGAGUUGAAUCCUCCUUCCAUCUAGCGCUGGUGGGCGGUAAGGAAAUUUUACCAUCAAGAAAGAUGCAUUAGUGGGCAGUAGGUAUAAAAAGGUUGACUACCCCUGGUCUAGGGAAUAAACAGCGUGAAGCAGAACAAUCGAGUACCUUGUGAUCCUCGACAGCCUCACUCCUGUCCCUUUUAAAUUUAUCCUAGUGUUUUGAAAUGUUUUAACUUGUAAGGUAUUUGCAUUUGUAUUUGUGCUUUUAGCAAACUCAUUAUCCAAGUGUGAAUCUUUAUGUGGUCAAAAUGGCUACAUGCACAAAAUGAAGGUAGUGUCAGAGUUGGGAAUAACUAAAAGCUUUGCAGAAGGGACAAAAUGAAGAAAAGAAAAAAGAAACUCUGGUGACUGAACAUGCUGAGAAUGCAUGAUACUGAACAUCUGUUGAAGGUUGGGGUGGGGUGGGGAAAAGGAAUGAAAAACUAGGGGAAUGGAAUGGUGUAUCCUUGAGAAGGGCAUGGCAGUGUUGUGUUCCCCAUUGCAACCUUCUGUUGCAGGUCCCCACUUGUUUAAUUAUAAAUUCCAAUUGGCUUAGAUGCAUGUCGAUACUACCCUUAGGACAUACUAACAGUUAUGUUAAUGUGUUGGCAUCCUUCACCAAUAUGCUUCAGGCUUUGUGAAGAGAAAUUCAUAACUGGACUCAUAUCUAUAUCUACAGUAUAUAGAUAGAUAUAGCCUGUUUUGGCUAAGCAACUGUCCUAUACUAAGUCAAAACAUCUAUAUUAUAGACCAGUACUAUCAAUGCUGACAGAUGGUGGCUCUUUAAGGUGUAGCAAACAAAACUGUCACUCAGUCCUGCCACCUGGGAUUCUUGAACUGGAAAUUAUUGGGACCAAAUUUCGUGAUACUAAACUCUGACACCUUUGCUGAUUGCUUGAAGAAUAAAGGAGGGCAGAUUAGCUGCACUCCCCAAUGCACUCGUACUCAGAAAUAAGUGUCAUGAAAUUCACUGGGGCUUAAAGGUAAAGGGACCCUUGACCGUUAAGUCCAGUCGUGGACAACUCUGGGGUCCUGCGCUCAUCUCACUUUACUGGCCAAGGGAGCCGGCAUUUGUCCACAGACAGCUUCUGGGUCAUGUGGCCAGCAUGACUAAGCCGCUUCUGGUAAAACCAGAGCAAUGCACGGAAAUGCUGUUUACCUUCCCGCCAGAGCUGUACCUAUUUAUCUACUUGCACUUUGACGUGCUUUCGAACUGCUAGGUGGGCAGGAGCUGGGACCGAGCAAUGGGAGCUCACCCCAUCGCAGGAAUUCGAACUGCCGACCUUCUGAUUGGCAAGCCCUAGGCUCUGUGGUUUAGACCACAGCGCCACCCGCUAUGGUCUGAAGGUCAGCGGUUUGAAUCCCUGCGAUGGGGUGAGCUCCUGUUGUUUGGUCCCUGCUCUACUGUCUGUUGACUGUUGAAGGAUAUUCUGAUUUAGGUUGCAUAUUAAGUUUACUCAAAUUAAAUGUUACUUUUGUACAUUCUACACACAACCCAAAAUUCAUCUCAUCAGUGCUACAACUCUGAUGUGUAGCCCUCGGGCUUCGAAAUGCUGGUCCUCUUACCACUUAAGCAGAUUUUUAUGAUCAUAGAAUUGUAGAGUUGGGAAGGGACUCUGAAGAAGCAGUAUACAUAUGUCAUUCAAUAAAAUAUACAUGCAGCUGCAUUAUUCUUACAGGCUCGUAAAGCAAAGAGGCAAACUGACUUCUGGGGGAGCUGGGGAGAAUGGGGCGACUGCAGCAGGAGCUGCGGUGGAGGCGUCAGUUUUCGGCAGCGACGCUGUUACUCAAUAAGGUAAGAGCCUUUCCCUGCCAGCUUUCUCCUUCUGAAGCCAGUACAGGGGAGAGCAGCUGUUAAGUAGGCUCCCCUGUAGGGAAAGCAAUAAAGAGUCUAGCUGGAACUUAAAUAUUAAACUUAUAUGCCAUGAUAAAUAUGUUUUGUGGGCUAGACCACAAAAUGCAUGAAGUGGUCUAGCAACACAGUUCUAAUCAUGUCUACUCAGAAGUAAGAUCUAUUGAAUUCAAUGGGGCUUGCUCUCAGGUACAUUGGAUUAAGACUGCAGACUAAAUCUCUUUAAGGAGAAGACUGGGUCUGGGCAAUGAUUGUUUUCCCAAAACUGAAAUUCGCUUCAGUUGUUGCUGCAUUCACAAAAGCUGUAGAAUCAACUAGGACAUGGUUAGCAUGAUGUCAUUUUGUGAAGGCUAGAGAAAGACUAGAUGCCAUAUCUAUGUGGUACUAAAAAUGCCUGAGCCUGCCAGGGCAGGCAGAGCUGCGCCCUUAGACAUAUGUUCUGGAUGAAACUGUUCAGACAGAGAAUACUAUUAAAUACGUAGUCUCUGCCUCGAUGUUGCUUUGAAAAACCAUCACAUUUUCUACAGCCAUGUAGAUUUGAUAUACCACCAACUUUCUGAGACUGUGAUCCUAAAUGCACUUAUUGGAAAGUCAGCACCAUUGAACACAGUGGGCUCACUGUGAAAUAAACAUGUCUAAGAUUGCCCUGUGAAUUUUGCAUUUUCUCCAGAGUGUUUAUCUGCCUGAAGGGUUUAUCUACUGAUUAAAUUGUAGCUCUUUCCAGUACGGAUUGGCAUCAGAGAAGGCAAUGCCCCUCCCUUACCGAAAGCACAGUACUUCAAAGUAUAGUGAAUUCACAUGAUGGGAAAUUAUAGCAGCUGGAAACUGAUCACUAUGCACCUAUGUUUUAUAUGCAGCAGGGUUCUGCCCUUCUUUAGUUACUAGCUCACUAGCAACCAGUGCUGAUUAAUUACAAUUUAGGGAACUUUCUAAAAACACUAUCCAAGCUGUAUGGUCGUUAUUUUUCUAUGGCGGCUCUCCUAAGCCAUAUAGGUGGAGGGGCAACUGCGCAGCAAAUACGUUGGUGGGAUCCAUGUAACUGGCCUAGGGGCCAUAUGGUUGGGUUUUCCCAGCUGCUCGUAGAAUGGUUCCCAUGCAGCUAAGCUUGCAUGGAUUUCAGCUCACAUCUAUCUCCCUGCAAGGUGGUGGCUGAGCCUAGUGCAAGGGUAGUGAGAGAGGGGGAAAUGAGCAGCUGGCAUGCCACCAAAUAAAGACACAGGAGUCUGCAUGUCACUGGCCUGUUGGUAGGUGGGAGGCUGUGGUUGCUUUUGGAGAACUGAUGCUACUUCAAGGCUAGUACUGGCUAUCCAGGAGUCUUCCUACUGUCUCUGUUUGUUUCUCUGAUCUGGCUUGCAGUUCUGGCUGGGACACUGGUUUAAUCAACUAUCAUACCUUUUGAAGGUGGGCAUGUGAGGGGAAGGCAGAGAAUGCUCAGGCUUAUCACUUGUUCUUGCUCCAACAAACCAUAGUUGAACUGGGCUGGGAGAAGUAAUCUGACCUGGGCCUCAUUCCCUUACAAGGAAACAGAUGUCAUAAAAGGCUACCUUGAAACUUCCUACCACCUGGGGGGAGGGGGAGUGCAGAAGACUUCACUGUCAACUAGCACUUUAUUAGCAAAUGUAAGAAUGAAUCGAUGGUAGGUUUUUGUCAUUUAUAAUUUUCCCCCAAGCCAUUGCAGAUUGUUGAUUUCUCUUUCAGGGCAGAUGGUGGGUUCAGCUGCAUAGGACCGACCCGAAACUAUCGCUCGUGCAAUGUUAAGGUAAAUUGACCAGUGAGUUCUUUUAUGCUGCUGUUCUCCCUAUUACUUCAAGAGCCUCAAGAUUCCCCGCCCCCCGCCAGUUACAUCUGACACCUACUCAGUGUCUUAAGGAAGAUUACAAAUGAACUUCCUUGAACCAACUCUGUCAUAAAAACAAAUGGGCUAACAGAUGAGUAAAAGGACACCAUUCUCACCCUUUAAUGCAUGACAGCUAUUCAGAACUAAUUAACAUUAGCAAACAUUGAGUACAAGAAUGUGAUCAUUGAUAUAUACAAUUCGCUUCCCCCCUAGUUUCCUGACAAAUGGGAUUUUAUACUAUAUUGAACAACCUUUGUACAAUCUUUCUAUUGCACAACUGUACAGCGCAUGUAUUUACAUCUGCUUCUGAAUAGAGUAAUUUCUUUUAUAAACAUAUUAUGUAAGCACUCUGUUAUCCCUGGAUAGUAUUUCCUUGACUUUAGUUUUUUAUGUAUUUUGGGGAUGAAGUAGAGGUUGAACUGAGGUGAAAGGCUCUCAAUAAACUUUUGAAAAAUGGCUACGCAUGGAAAUUUUGAGUAGGCAGAAGAAGCAGUAGUAUCUGUGUAGUUCCCAUGAUUAUAUAAACAAGCCCAGAAAUGUGCUAUGUAGCCUCCACCGAAUAGAUGCCAUUUUCUGUUGAUCACCAUGAUCUUUAGUAGCCUUCCCUUUGAUAUUCAACAUUGCAUUUGAAAGACUCAUAUAAUGCAAGGUAGGAAGAAAGGCAUAAAAAAUAGAGGCAGAAGCCUGAACUCUGAAUGGGAAGGAAUAGAAGGUUUGAAUAGUUUUUCUCACUUAUUGUGCCCACUGACUAGCCUAAGAUCACUCAGUGAACUUCAUGGCUGAGUGGCAAUUUGAACCCAGGUAUCCAUGCACCAGCACUUAGUUCACUGGUUCCAGUUGCAUCCUGGUGAUAUCCAAAGUCUUUUGAAAAUGAGGAAGCAUAGAAUAAGUGGAUCCCGAACCACCUUCCAUAAGUUAGGCUGACUUGAAGAAAAUACAGAAAGCCACAUACAGGACAGUUCUUCCAAGCAAGAUGCUUAUCUUCUUCUAUUCCAGACUUUGUUCCAGAUAACAGAUUUCUUUCUCAUCCUUCCUAGAACUGUCCUGAGGGCUCCAGAGAUUUUCGAGCAGAGCAAUGUGCUGAGUUUGAUGGGACAGAAUUUCAGGGAAAGAAAUACAAGUGGCUUCCUUAUUAUGGAGGUAAUCCAUGGAUUUACUCUCUUACUCAAUGAUUAUGCAGUUCAUUUGACAUAGCAAAUUACGGAGAAAGUGAAAUGGCUUCUUUUAGAAUCAAAUCUCUGCUUGGACAGUACUGCAGUGUUACAUCCUGCAAAAACUGAUUAGAGUCCAUUGAAAUAGAUUUUGCAGGAUUUGUGGAGAAGUCCAGUUUGAUCACAAAUGGUAUGUAGGUGGCCUUGUUCCAAAUUUUGAGAGGUAUUGGGGUGUGUUCAUAAGGUGACUUGAAUAUAUUUUAAUUAUAUUUAAAGUGUAGCAUUGGUAACUCCUGGUUGUUGCUAGUCAGUGCUAUUUUUCUGGAAAAAGAGGUGCCUGAACUCACCAUGAACGCAUCCCUCAUUCUCUUAGAAUGGCAAUGGUGCCCAGCUGACGGGUGCCAGAACUGAGUUCUGGCAAGUUCUGACUGAAAAAAAGCCCUGUUGUUAGUCUAGCUAAUUUACCGUACUUUGUCUAUUCUUUUCCUGUUGCAAAGUUUCCCAUUCCAUCCCCAUUUGUCUAGUCCAAAAAUAUACUUUUCUAUGGGGAGUUGUUAUGCACUUCAGGAGAGCUGGCAUAAAAGUGAAAUCCAUGUUGAAAUGUAAAUACGCCCUUAGCCACUGGCAGAGGAAAAGGGGGUGUGGUGGAUGUGGGCCACCCCAGGUGUCAUCCCUGAGGGGGGGUGACAUCGCUGCGCUGCCGCCCCCGGGACGCUCGCCCCGCCCCUGCUAGCUCCACCUCUGCUCUCAGCAUAUCCCUUGAUCAGCUUUAAAACUACCAUAUGGUCCUUGACACAUGUACACAGAUACAGCAAAAGCAAAUCCUGCUUCAUUCAACAUGUCGCAGUUCAAUAAGGGUGGGCUGAUUCAAACCAGUAAUAAUAUACAGCCCAGCCUUUAAAUCCUUUCUCCAGGUACUGAUGACCAGGCUUUACCCUCUCAGUACUGAAAAAAGUUUUCUUCAUAGAAAGUGUGCUGUAAUAAACGGGAACCCCAAUGAAAGCCUUCUUCAGCUUGAUUCAGGGACUCAAAGAACAUGCCCUAUGCAGUUGCUUGCAUCUUUAUUGUGCAGUCACUUGUUUCAAUGAUGGUAGUUCCAUACUGCUUUUAACCAUUUUCUUGUGUUUUCACAUUGCUGUGCAGUGCCCUGGUAUUCUAUGGGAUAGAAGUAUUUAUAUAAAUAAAUAAAGCUGCACAACGUUGUAUGUGCCUUUGUGGGGGAAACAGAACAUGCAGAGUAACACAUUGCUUUUUCGCUUUCCUCUCCUCACAGCACCCAAUAAAUGUGAACUAAACUGUAUCCCAAAGGGAGAAAACUUCUACUACAGGCACAAAGACACCGUGACUGAUGGGACCCCCUGUGAGCCAGGGAAGCAUGAUAUCUGUGUGGAAGGAGUCUGCCAAGUAGGCCUUUGUUAUCUCUCUCUUGAAAACUGUGUCCGUCUUCCUCCCCCACCCCUUAUUUCCUUUCUCCCCCCUCUUUUGCUCUUAGUUCUCUUAUUUAUUAAUCAGAUUUGAUCCUAUCCUUCUUUUUAGAUGCUCACAGUAGUAUACCUGGGGUUAUCCCAUUUUACCCUCAAUUUUGAUCUGUAGCAGACGGUGUGAGGAGUGGGAUGACGACACUGCCGCUCAUUGACUUCUGGUGGGUUUUUACUGCAAAGGAGAGGGCUAAGGCAGAGACGAGGUCAGUACACUGCAAACAAACCAGCAGGAGUGCCCUAUUGGCUCUGCCAGUGCAUUGGUACUGUGCUGACCUUGCUGCCAGCUCACCCGUCUAUCUCUUGAUAAGCAGCAGGUCAGGUGAUCGGUGGCACCCCACCCCUUCCCAUCAUCCACUAUUGACUUCGUUUGGUAGGCUAGGCUGAUAGUGACUUGCCCAAUGUUAACCUGUGAGCUCCAUGGCUAAGCAGGGAUUUGAACUCUGGUCUGGAUCCUCAACCUUUUUUUUCUACUACCUGCUAGGAUGUUACCUCUUAAGAUUUGGCAAAUUCACUUUAAUUUAUGGGUACUUUAGAUACAUAGCAUGCAGACAACUUUUUGUGUGUGUGUGGCAUAUCUGCUCGUGCUUCAGAUCCUGCAACAUGUGCUCUCUGGGCUCCGGAAGGGGCAGAGCAUGGAAAUAGGAACAUGCUAGUUAUUAUGAGGCAGCAAACUCAACGGAGCUCUAUUGGACUCCCCAAGUACAUGAGGUGAAAGCCUUUGUUGGGCCUUUAAACCAGUGGUGCCUCGCAAAAGCAAGGGACUGGAACAAAAGGGUUUUCCCAGUUCUAUUAAGUAGUGGGUGGACAUAGCAGACGACACGUCUGUAGUUCUUUAUAAGUAAGCUGGAACUGAACUGAACAGCAAACAGCCCAGCCGGCCUGCUUUUAUAGGCAGCCAGCUGUCAACAUUGUAACGACAACAGCCCAGGGUUUCCCCACGUAAAUUAACUGACAUGGACCUGAGUGAAAACUAUAUACACAAUACACCCUGGUGGCCAGGGUGAGAACUUCAAUGCAUAACAAGUACCUCUGGGAAAAGCAGCAGGGAAGUCUUGUGUACAGUGGUACCUCGGGUUAAGUAUUUAAUUCGUUCCGGAGGUCUGUACAUGACCUUAAACUGUUCUUAACCUGAAGCACCACUUUAGCUAAUGGGGCCUCCUGCUGCUGCCGCGCCGCCGGAGCACGAUUUCUGUUCUCAUCCUGAAGCAAAGUUCUUAACCUGAAGCACUAUUUCUGGGUUAGCGGAGUCUGUAACCUGAAGCGUAUGUAACCUGAAGCGUAUGUAACCCAAGGUACCACUGUAAUCCAAAACGGUCAGAAGCCACCUUGCUGUUAAGACUGCUUUGAGUUCCUGCAGCCCCAUCAAUGACCGCUAGAGGACACACAAAGACAAAAAAGAAACAAGCCCUCUUUAAUGGGGUGAGGGCAGGUGAAGUGGGAUAGAGGUUCCUGCUCCCCCUCCUUGUAUUAUGCUCUGACUUUCCUCCCAAGAGAGGUAAACAUGCACUUCCAUCCCUUCCCUGUCUUUGACUUUCUGGGGCUCUUGGCUUCCCCCCUUGCUUGGUCACCUGCUCAAGGCUGUCUUUGCUGUUUGGCCUUUCCCACAAGGGUUGGAGGAUUAGGUGAAGGGGACAGGGCAUGUAAAAUGACCUUUCACCUUCCCUCAUACUUUGGUUGACUGCCUACUUUCUGUUUUAGCUACAGCAGCUGUGGGUUUCUUUUGUGAGGGAGAGUGUUGGCUCAUGGAGGAGCUGCUCUUUUGGGAAGCGUGAGGCAAGCAGGCAGCUACCGUGGGGCACCGUUCUGGCUGUGCUCCAUUUCAUUAUAGAUUUUAAUAUCUAAACUUCAUUAAAAUGGCCAUUUUUAUGGUCGGCAAAAGGAAAAAAAAACACCACAGCCAUCUUUUUUUAGAAGCUCCGGUCCAUACAAAUGCCAGAUGUAUUUUCAUCUCUGGUGUUUCUUAGCUGUCCAAGUUUAAGAGUUGUCUUUUCCCACAAAGCAAUUAUGUAAUAUAUUACUCACGUAUUUGAAACUUGAGCUGCCAAGGAAGACUAGUGGCUGAAAUGUGUCUGGCGUUUGGAUGAUAUUGCUUAAAUUUUAAAAGAAUACAGACACAUUUUUCAACUGGACAUGUUUAUGCCUCAGGGGGAUACUCUGAUGAAAGUUAUUUUAUUUUAUUGAACAAGAUUGCUUAAUAAAAAAUCUCUUAAGGCCCCAUUUGCACAAUACACUUAAAGCAGCAUUGUACCAUUUAAAACAAUCAUGACUUUUCACAAAGAAUCCUGAAAACUGUAGUUUGUUAUGACUACAGAGAGCUUUUAGGAGACCCAUUAUUCCCCUCAGAGAGCUAGAGUUUCCAGAGACAUUUAACAAUCAAUCCCUCUUCCUGGGGAACCCUGGGAAAUGUACUCCUGGGAGGGGAAUAGGGGUCUUCUAACAACCUUCAGCACCGUGAACAAACUACAGUUCCCAGGUCUCUUUGGGUAAAGCCACAAUGGUUUAAAGUGAUAUGAUACUGCUUUAAAUGUAUAGUGCAAAUGGGGCCUAAGUGGUGUACAUAAAAUGACAUAAAUUAUUAAUUAAAAUAGCAAUAACAGCCCUUUAAAACAGUAAACUUUUGUUUGUUUGUUUGCUUGUUUGUUUGUUUGCUUUCUUGUUUGCUUUCUUGCUUUUUAUAUAAGAUAAGAGUUAGAGGCAUAAAAUCAACAGAUUUAAAAAACAAAUGUACUGUACAAUAUAAAAUUAAAUGGGACUUCCGGGGAGGCGCCUCUGGCAAAGGCUGGAUUCCUCUGAUCGGGAGGAAUCAGCUCCAUGGAAAUCUGGGUCUGGCCGCCACGGCGAAGGCGGAGACCCGUUAAAAAUCACAGGCGGGAGAAGCCUGUGAGCGUGGGAUUCGGCGGGCACCCUUUGCGCCUCCCCCACUCGCGGGGAAACCCGGUUUCGGGAAUCCGGAGCGACGUGGGGUGAGCGGCGCGGUGCUUCGAAUCAUCUGCUUCUUCCACGGAGCGAAGCCGCAUAGCUGUUGCCGGAGAGCGCUGACUUUUUCCUGUGGACAAUUUGACUCUAAAGUAACUACCCGUGAGUAGAGCUUAAUUGGGAAAAUUGGAUUUUUUUUUUUAAAAAAAGUCUAAUUUGGCAUCGAAAUGGGGAAGGUUCAAUACAGGAAGUCCGCCUUCCCCUUUUGUAAACAGACUGAAGCAAUUGAGGCUGCAAGCUGAAGUCUUGGAAAGCCUUUUGUAAAAGACUAAAUUUCCAUAAGUAAAGAAUAUAAUCCCCCCCUUGGAGGCAGGAGAAGAGGGGGGAGGGAAGUUGUGAACUGAGUUUGCCUGCGGAAGAGACCAAGAGAGGUAAAACACCACCGCUCGGACCCUGGGAACGGGCUGCUAGAAGGUCCGACGUUUUGGUGAGACGUUUAUUGACAGUGCUUGGAUCGUGUUGACAGCUAGCAUAAGAGAAGACACAUUGUUUCUACUGUUUCCAGCAGUGAAAGUAACUGAAAAUUGAAAUUACUUUUGGGUCGUUUGAACUGUGCUUUAAGAGGAUAUUAUUUAUCAAUACAAAUAGAAACUGUUUCCCUCUAGUGGAAGUUCUUGAAACUGGCGGCCACAUAAGAUCCGGGCUGGGAAAUUUCCAGUUGUAAGAUAAAAACCGUGAGACUGUGAGUUGACCUUGAAUCUAUUGAGUGUUAUGGCAGAUGCGAAAGACGGAAUGUCGCCAGAAGAGGCCUUAGUGAUUGUAUUAGUGAAAAUAAAUGAUUCGCUGGAACAGCUUCACAAGAAAAUGGGUGUGAUAAAUAUGAAAGUGGAUGCUGCAAAUAUUAAAAAUGAUUUAAUGGUAGAAAGUCUAAAUAACCUGGGACAAAAGGUGAAUACCAAUACAGAAACCACCCAGAAAUUGAUACAGGAAUCUAUCCUGAUAUGGCAAACUGCGGAUGAAGUUAAGGAGAAAACCCUCGCUGCUGAAGUUAAAGCAAUUCAACUGGAGAGAGAGAGAGUCCCAUCCAUACAAGGACAAUUUGAUGAAUACGAGCUGACACUUGAUAUGACUGAACUUAAAGAGGAACAGAUGAAAUUGAGGAUCAGAGCCCUACCCGAGGAAAAGGAAACCUUGAUAGAGUUUCAGGAGGAGAUAGGACUAACAUUGGUUGAGAAAGAGAGGUAUUGGGGGGUUAGUAUGGCUGCCAGAAAUGUGAAUUUAUUCAAGGGCAACUGUGAAGGAUGUUGGCUUGAAGAGAAGGGGGAUUUGGAAAUAGAGCUAAAUUGGAAGUUGCUAUUGUUGGGCCGAGUUGCUGUGGUGGGGACGAGGGUUGCGGUGAUGUCGGGGAUGUUGCUUUUGUUUUAAACAUUGCAAGUUUUGGAUGGGAGGGAUUGUUUCAGGAGGUGGCAGAGGGACGUCUCUAGAUUUGUAUGGCAGGGCAGGAAGCCUCGAGUAAAAUUUAAGAUAUUAACGGAUGCUAAAGAAGGAGGUGGACUUGCCCUGCCAGACCCCUAAUUUUUGUUGUGAAUCAUCUGCUUUUUGCUGGCUGAGAGAAUCGGCAGAAUCCGAGACCAGCGAGAAGAGCUGGUGGAAGAAGACUGGAAGUUUAAAGACCAUUUAUAGAAAUAUUGCAAAAUUAAUGAAUGUUAGAACAAAGUGGGAAUGAAGUUAUAUGGCUUUAGCAGAAAUGUUAUAAGGAAUUAAGUAUAAAUAGAUUAAUUGAGCAUUAAAGGGAAUAAAAUAAGGUUAGAAUGUGUUAAGUUAAUUAUAGGAUAGAAAACAGAGGAAGAUGGAAAGGAAUUGCUGAAAUAAUUAAUUGAUGUGGAAUACAAAAAGGGAGGUGUGAGGAAGUCAUGGAAAUAAGCGAAUGAAAGAUAUGACAUUGAAAUUGUUUAAAAUGGUUUUUGUUUUGUUUUAUUUGUCUUAUGUGUUAGUGAUUUGUAGUGUUUUUGCAUUGUAUUGUGUUGUUUUUUGUUUGUUGUUUCUUUUUGCUUCUUUGUUUGUAGUGUUUAAAUUUUUGGAUGUAUUGUAUUGUAUUGUUUUGCUUUGUUUAACUCUUUUUCUUCUUUUUGUAAUCUUUAAACUCUUAAUAAACAUUAUUUUAAAAAAAUAAAAAAAAAUAAAAUGUCUGGGUAGGCUUGCCUAAGCAAACAAACAAAAGUUUUAAGCAAGUGUCAACCUGUACAACAAAGCUGCUUUCCUCAUAUCUACAGGUUGGAGUUCUAGAGAAUAGGUGCUGCCACACUUAAAGACUGAUUUUUUUUCCUUGCAAGUGGAUAUGGUUAAUAGUCAUGACCACAAGACUAUUGCUUUACCCACUAUGCUACCAUACGUAUGCAUUUUCUCAACCUGGAGUCAGACAGUAGUUCUUUCUUCCAGAGAUUUGAAGGUGGGUUGAAAGAGAAAUUGAUGCUUGCUGUGCGUAUAUUUAUCCCACUGUUCUUGUGAUAACAGGUUUUGCAGAUUUGUUGUGUUUCAAAAACCUGCAAAACGUGUUUGGACCAGAGGCAAAUGUAGGUCAAAAGGAAACAGAAGUAAAGAGGUGCGCAAAACAUUUCUAAAAACUGUAUCCAGUCUGAUUCUUCCAGUCCUUGGUCUUGGUAUGAAAUGUAGGCCUUUCCUUUAUUUUUUUCUCAUGAAGGCAUUCCUUGACUGGCCUUCUGAGUCAUACUUGCAUUUUGGUUCACACUCUGCUGUUUUACAGGCCGUUGGCUGUGAUAACAUUCUGGAUUCUUCCAAGAAGGAAGACAAGUGCCUACAAUGUGGCGGAGAUGGCAGAGCCUGUUUCGAGGUGAAGGGCUUCUUUGAUGUGCCCAACCUCCCUAAAGGUACAGAAUAGCGUAUCUUCCACAACAGCUCAGUAGUGAGAUAGCAAAAAAUGCUUGGGCUGGGUCUGGCGGGGAGAGAUUCCAUUGUGCUUCUUCAUCCAUUUAUAUCUUCAAGGCCCAAGGAGCUGAAGCACAGAAAGGCCUUGACUGUAUCAGUGCAGAAGCUUGAUGCAUCCUUAGCACCACUGCUUUGGGUUGUAACUUAUCAAUUACGUGGCUGGGCUGCUUUAUGGGCAAUAUGAAUCUGGAUACAACCAAUCCAAAAGCGACGGAGUAGUUACAAGUGGAUUUAUGUCUUCUUCCACUUGCCUGCUUAUUCAUUCUGAAAAACACCUUCUGCACAUGAAAGGGCAACUUUAGCCUGCCUUCCUUGUCUAUUACCAUCUGCCUUAGUAAGGAGAAUUUACUGUGCCUGACUUGCUGCACUUUCUUUAGGCUACAAUCAAAUCUUCAUCAUUCCCAUGGGGGCCACGAGCAUCCGGAUUAAGGAAGCGACACCUACCAGGAACUUCUUGGGUAUGUACAACAGUUUUUCUAUUGCUCUGUGUUAAAAGAGAGAGCGGGGGGGGGGGGGCUUAAAGCACAUAAUUCCCAGUUCAUUCACUCAAUUGUGCACUUAACUUAAUUCUAUAUUAAAUUAACUUAAUUCUGCAUAUUCAGAAAUUUCACAUGGUACAGUUGUCCUGGGACUAUACCACUCAGAAUGCAAGUGGAAGAUAGCUCAGUUCAUGGAUGAGAUUGGGAUAUAAGUAACAAGGUUGGCCUUGCAGAGAAAGUCUGGCAGUGGGCCUCUGUCUGCUACAAAAGCAAGAUACUUGGACAAGAGAGCAACUGAUGUCAGCUGCCUAAGAAUACUGGCUUCCCAUGGCGAUUUGAUUUCACAGCAUUUGUUCAAUGUUGCACACAGCUCUCAGUAAACUUUGUAAUAUAUCAAUAAACCCUGAAGCUAUUGACAUCCUUUUUUUAUGGGAUGCACAGUAAUAACAACCAUGUAACAACAGAGGUGUAUUCUGGAUGUGGAUAUUAGUCUUCUAUAAUGAGCCUGAAAUGAGCCUAGUUUGGUUUCCAAAUUAGACAGCUUUUACAUUUCCCCCCUUGUGCCCUCUGGCUUUUUUCCCCUCCCCCUCAGCCAUCAAGAACGCGCAAGGGGCAUACUAUCUGAAUGGCCACUGGACGAUUGAGUUCAGCCGUGCCUUGCAUGUUGCUAGCACAGUUGUGCAUUAUGACAGGGGUUCUGAGGGGGAUCUGGCUCCUGAACUUCUUCACGCCAGGGGCCCAACUACUGAGCCCUUGGUCAUUGAGGUAAGCCCAGUUUCCUGUUUUGUAUAUUCCCCUCCUCUUCCAGCUUCCACAGAGGGGGUGCUCAGCAUUAUUCCCAGAGGGAACUGCGGGACCUUAAAUAAAAAUGCAAUGCCAUGUAGAUUGAAGGGAGAAUAGCCAUUUCUUGGCCAAAAAACCAACAGUGAGGGUGAAUAAGAGAACUUGUAUCUAUGUUACCUACACAACUGUGCAUUAAGAUCCAUUUAGAUUAUUGCCUGUUGCCGAAAAGAGGUGCGGGGUACGCCCUAUUCCCCAGCAAGAAAGCAGUUCCUUCUUUUAAUUGAAGGAAGACUCUUCUUUGUGAAAAAGGAAAGGCAUAAAGUAGACCCUGGGUGGGAAGGACAGUCCCAAACUGGACAUGAGCAGUGGAUAGAAAAGGAGUGUGCUUUGGCAAGGAUCUGGGUGUUAGGUGUAGUUUAUACCUAGAGCAGAUGAAGCGAGGAAAGUUCCUGAGCUGUAGCAUUCCAAUCAGCAGAUGGGUGAUCACAUGGAUUAAUGCCUCUCAGCGAACACAAGCCCAGUUCCAGGAAUGGUUUUACCACCUCAUCUGCCUUUUUGAGGUGAACCGGGCCAACGCCAGAUAACACAGCUACAAGAGUGAGGAAAGCAGUUAUUUGCAUUACACCUUAUUUGCCUCUUCCCUUUUCAGCUUAUCAACCAGGAGCCAAACCAAGGGGUACAUUAUGAAUACUACCUGCCAACACAAAGGCAGAGCUUGGGCUACAGCUGGGCCUAUGGUUCCUGGGGCGAAUGCAGUGCUGAGUGUGGUGGAGGUAAGGACCUAUCAUAGGAUGCUAACUCCACACGGGAGUUUAAUGUGGAUUUGAAGCUGCAUGUGCCUUGAAUUUUUCAUUGUCAUUCACAUGCCAUUUUCAGCAUCCAACUGGCAGCCUGCAGCAAACUCGGAUUUUUCCAAUUUAGGGAAAAUCCAAAAAGGGAAGGAGAUCUAUUAUAAAAGCAUUCGCCAUCUGGCUGUGGAUACACUGAAGAGCAUUAUGUGGGCAGCUACUGGUUUCAGUGAUGCCAUUUGAUGCCACACCCCCUAUUUCCAUCUUGCUUCUGUCAGGCAUAAAAUUGAAAGCAGUCAUGUGUGGAUGAAGGCACACAAGAUGACAACACAAAAACAGCAACCCACAUAUGUGUGAAUGCUCUCAUGUGGACACAGCCUUCUACUUAAAUUUUGCUUCUUGGGUUCGAUGAAGAUGAUGGAAUGCUUUAUUGUUCUUAGAUGUAUAGUGUUUCUAAUCUCUCUGUAGUUUUAACUGCUGCUGUGGAUGAGUGGCGGUAACCAACAUCCUUUGCUGUUUUUCUUUUAUAGGUUAUCAGACACGCUUGGUCUUUUGCACUAUUGACAAUGAAGUAUAUCCAGAUUAUAUGUGCAGAGAUAAACCACAGCCAGAAAACAACCAAACUUGUGGCCUUCAGCCAUGUCCCCAGACAAAACGGUAAGACUUGAUUUGGCUUCCCUGCCUGGUUUGAACCAUUAGAUUUAUGAACCUGGCAAUUCCGAAAUCCCCAGGCAGUGUCUCUCUUCUGCCCUUAAUGCUGUCAUUGGAAACAUAGAUAAGGAGAAAUUGUGGCUCCUAAUAUGCAUGAAGAUGAUAAACAGAUCGUUGUUCAAGACAAUUCUUUGUGCUGACAAGCUGUUAUGGGGUGGUUUUAGUAUCUUUGAAAAUGCUAAAAAGGACAGGGCAAAAACCUCAGUCUGAAGGAUCAUAGAACUUCUUCAAGCUAAGUUGGAGGCUGGGGUCAUGCUGGAGAGCAGCCAUUGUGGUGAAUACAAGUGACAAGUCCCUAUGUGGGGAACUAAUUUUUAAUUUCAUGCAGAGGUUAUUUGGACGUGAUUAUUUGCAGAGAUAUGGAAUGGUUUUUCUGUGUCCCGGUACUGAAUUUUUAACAUAGGAAUGGGAUUUAUGCUCAGGAUAGUGUACAGAUUUUAAGGCUUCCCUUCAAAUUGCCAUAUGAUACUUCCCUUGCGGAGAGAGAUGGGCUGUAGAGCUUUUCCACUUUCAGAACUUCUCAGGAUCCAAAGCCAACUUCCAGUGUGCCAUUUUAUGGGUCCUUGUAACUAGACUAGCACAAACAAAUCUGCAUCAUUGCGUACCCAGUUCAAUGCAUCAGCCAAACAUCGGAGAUCUGUGAAUGUAUCACUGAUGUAUUUCUUCGUGUUGUCUCUAAAUGCAAGGGCAGGAGGGACAACUUGAGUUCAUAGGGUAGAAGUAGGUGGGUUUAACUUCACUCACACACACACACACACGGUUAUCUCCAUUUCCUCCCACUCUUGCAGCUUCAGUUAGCUGUGGAGAUUGGGGGGGGGGACCCAGACACCUGCAAUAAGAUACCUGAAAACCUUCCAUGGCUAAUACUUUGGGGAGAUGCUUCAGGGAACUGGUACAGGAAGGAAGGGUCAGCUGCCACUCCCCCAAGUGGCCUUGAUCCAAAUUGGACCCCAACUCCAUAGCAGCCUUUUUAUUUAACAACAACAACUCACUCACCAGGGCUGCAUGAAUAAAUUUUCAACAUCUUGUCUAGUUUGGCCCUAAAAGACAAUGUGCAGUCAUGCUGUAGCAGGCAACCCCAGAUGUCUAUAUAUUCACUUUUGGCUUUAAAAUCUUUGUUCUAUAUAUAUAAAGGAUAUCUUACCUCUAUCUGCCGGGAGCAUGGAGCCGCAACACAGCAUGGAGCUUACAAACAAAGAGGUAACAAGGAGAAAGUGAUUGCAGAGGCCCUGCUCAGCUCCUCUUUCCCUUUUCCCCACCUACAACAGUGGUCUUCAAACUUUUUUAAAUUGUGCAGAACAAAUUCGUGCAUAUUGCCAAGGAACUCUGGGUUGUGUUCUGAGUUGCACAUUCAGUUCAUGUGGAUGAUGUGGUAUCCUGGCCAUUCCUGUGGAGCUUCACCAUUGCCCACUGCAAACUGAGUGUGUGCCCCCAGACUGCAUCCAUUGGCUGCACGUGGCAGGACCAAUUUGCUAAUAAUGGACAAGCUGUCUUUAAGGGCAGCCAUACACCAAAGAACCCAGGGCAAGUUUCUGAGGAGUGCCAGGGUUCAUAGGUAUAGCAGGGGGGCAGCUGCCUCCUAAAUCAAUACAAAUCUGAGGUUCUGCCCCCCUAACAAAAGCCUCCCCCCUAACAAAAAUCCUGGCUACGCUCAUGCCAGGGUUCUUAAGGAUAUUGUUUGAAAGCCACUGUUCUAGAUUGCUUAGAGGAGCUUUCCUCCUUGGUGACGGUCUCAGUGGCUGCUUAUAGCUUUGGCUUUCCUCUGUAAAGCAUGAUAGGGUGUGGGAGAUGCUGGGGAAAUGGAGCUUUGCCUACCUAGGAGUGGCUGACCUGUGGUCAUCCAUCCUUUCCCAUUGGAUAUGCUGGCUGGGGCUGAUGGGAGCUGGACAGGGACGGCCUAACUUCUCAUGUCUAUGCACUGGUAUCCUUUAGAUUGUGAUUACUCAGGCUGCCUUUGAAGAUGGUUGAGAAACUGCAGCUGGUGCAGAAUUCUGCAGCCAGAUUGUUGGCUGAAGCAGGAAGAUCCAUACAUAUAACACCAAUUCUGGCAUGAUUGCGCUAGCUACUGAUGGGUUUCUGGGCUGAAUUCAGACCUAUAAUGCCUCAUGUGGCUCAGGAACCCAGUACCUUGAGGACCACCUCUCCUGACAUGAACUAACCUGGACCCUGUGAUCGCCAUCUGAGGCCUUUCUCUAUGUGCCCUCUUCACAGGACGCCCGGAGGGUGGCAACGCAAUAAGGAGGCUUUUCGGCUUUAUUGUUAUCUAUUUUGUAGACACCAAAUAGCCUUUUUACCUGGGCUUUGGGCCCUUAAUUUGAAAGGUUUCAGGUAUUUGUGGCCUCUUAGGGCAGGAUCUGUAAGAACCGACUUAUCUGUAUGGAUGUGUUUGUGUAGAUGUGUUUGGCUGUGUUUGUUGUAAUUGGUUUUAGUGUUUAUAUUGUUUUUGUAAGUUGUGGGUAAAGUGACAUAAUAAUAAUAAUACAAUGAAGAAGAAGUUGCAUUAAAAUUAUCCUAUGCUGUUCUCAGGAUGGGGAAGAAAUUUCAUUUCAUUGCACUGAUCAUUGGCCAUUACAUCAUAAAAGCAUUUGCCACUGGGUGGCACCAGGCAAAAUUCCUCCUGGCAUCUAGGACCAAGAAAAAUGUUCAGACAGUGUUUCUAGUUUGCAGUCUUUUUUUGUAUUGUAUGACCAUGAUAACAGAGCUGACUAGAUUGAUCAUCUGCCAACUGAGUUUAUUUUUAUCAAUAGACUUCCUUUGGGAAGCUGACCUCCAGUCUCAAGGAAACUCUUGCAUAGCAUCACUUUGGGUCUCCUUCCCUGCCGUGAUGGGUUGAGUUUAUUUUACUGCAGCUUGGAGGACUGAAUUGUCCAUUACUGCUCAGUAUAGACAAAUGGCUAUUGACUGCAAGUACAAUAUUUUCCUUCUGAAUAUAGAUCUUGCUACUGUCAACUUUGUGACGGAAGUUCUUUGGAAGGUUGGGAGGGUUUAAUGUCAAAGGAUGCAGAUAGAAAAGCAUUUUAUUUCAGGAAUGUCAGGUCUAGGUAGAGGAAACUUUGUUAGUCUUGGUGUCAAACUAGACAGGUCACUGGAAAAUAUGUAAGCAGUCUCCAGAGGGUUCCCCUCGCCCAAAAAAUGCCAUAUGCCGAAUCACAUCAAAGAAUCAGUAGAAUGCUUAACACUUUCCCCCCGGACCAUUUCUCUAAUAAUGAAAAAUAAAGAUAGGUCACAGAAGAAAGGUUAUCAUAAUUCAGAAUUUGGAGAUUAUCCUUUGUUGGAGUAUAUAUGACUUUUUGCUUUUUCUCAACAGUAAGUGCACCUUUGCUUUAUCAAAGCCAGUUCAGUUUCUUUCUGUGAGAGAGACUUCCACAGUACCUAACAGCUUCCACCGCUGAGGCAUCCUCUAGCCAUUCAGUCUGAAACUAUCCUCUUAAUCCAUUCCAUUCCUCCUAGUACCAUCAUCUUUUAAUCUGCGGUCAUACCAUUUUAAAUGCUUUUAGAUACUUUUCGCUGUCACCCAAGUUAUUCUUUUUUGAAUUCAAUUACUUGAAAGUGGUAAGCCUCCCUUUAGUCCCGUGGAUUUUCUUGCUGCCAGCGUUGGCUUCUUGGUUUCUUGAGAGAUGCUGCUUCUGUAUUUACAGAUGGAAGAUUGGGGAAUGGGGAGCUUGUUCUGCCACCUGUGGAGGAGGCACCCAGACUCGUUCCGUUUAUUGCGUCUCCCACCACGGACCGGGUUCUCAAAAUGCUGUGGAUGAUGCCGAGUGCGCAUCCUUGACAGAGAGGCCGCGUAGCACACAGCCUUGCAACAUGCGUCAGUGUGCAGCAUGGACCACAGGGCCUUGGUCUGAGGUGAGUUUGUCCUACAGGUUCAGUGAACAUAUAUAGACGGUAUAGCCCAGUUACCUCAGUGGCUUGAGGAGGAAAAGAAAGCACAAGCUCACCUACUCCUCCCAUUUCACACUCUUGAGUCUCCCCUCAUGUAUCAUCACUUUGCCUGUGCCUCUUUGCUCAUGAGGUGGAUUCCGCCUCUCUCCGCCUUGAGAGAAAUCAACAAUUCAGGCUUACACAGACUGAAAAGACCUUCCCUCUCACCAAAGAACAUGGGAAUAGUAAUUUUGUGAAAGAAGCUAGAGCUAUGUAACAUAAUUAUGAGGAUGUUCACCUGGAUUUGGGGAGCAAGCCAUGACAGUUAAAUUGGUAUAAAACCAAUAUAAAUACUUAAUUCUUUGAAUUCCUUCCCAAAAUGUAUUUCUUUGGCAAAGCUUUAUUUUAGUCACGCUUGUUUCACCAUCUCUGAUAAUCGGUUGUCAUUUACUGAAGUGUGUAUUUUAUGAAUUGCUUUCCAUGAAACAUCCCCAUGAGCCAUCACCAGGCUGGCCUCAUGAGGCAGCUAGUUGUUGUUAUUUCCAGCCAUUGCUAAAUUCAUGAAUUUAUGUUUUUACUCAAAUUCUGACCCUUCACUGAAUGCAGUGUUUAUUGGGGAGGAGGUCUGCCCAUGUACUGCAAAAUUUGCAGACAUGUCAAAACCAAAGUAUAAUUAUGCUUCAAUCAGUAUGUUAGUCUGGAAGCAGGAAAUUAGGUGGUCCAAACAACAAUUUCCUUGAUCCCUAUUCCUAAUUUUUGCAUUAUUCCUACCUUUUAUAUCUUGAAUAAAUUAAAAGCUCUUUCAGUAGGCAUACCUUCAAUUUAUGUAUUCUAUACAGCACUGUAGCACAAUUGGAUGGUAUGAAAAUGGCUAGUAGGAAAGAGUUUUUAAAAAUUGGUGCUAACUCUCACAUGUGUUUAUGCAUGUGUAAUGUAUGUAUACAUACACUUAUGUACACAGACACAACAAAUAUGGUACAUAAAUGUAUAUGACAGGUAUAAUGUAAAUGAAUAUUACCAAAAAUUCCACCUCUGAGUUAUUCUUCCCAUCCAGAGGAAGCUUAACCAUAGAACGUCUCACACACUGAAUUACUCUUUCUGGGACAAGAGGAUUUCUGAAAACUUUUAACUUGAAAUGAUGCCUUCAAAAUGUGGAGUGAGCAGACCAAAUAAAUGCAAUAGAUGUUGCUGUUGUUUAAUCGUGUCCGACUCUUCGUGACCCCAUGGACCAGAGCACGCCAGGCACUCCUGUCUUCCACUGCCUCCCGCAGUUUGGUCAAACUCAUGCUGGUAGCUUCAAGAACACUGUCCAACCAACAGUGACUGUCAUUUAUUUAAUUUUUACAGUGCACAGCUAGUUGUGGGGAAGGUAUUCAGACCCGGACUGUAAACUGCAUGUCGGAGCUGGGCACUCGGACUCUCGAAGUUGCCUGCUUGACACAACCAAAACCUUCACACACCCAGUCCUGCACUGGUGAGAAUUGUAUCCAAGAGAUCGGCUGGCAUAUUGGAGACUGGGGACUGGUAAGCAUUUCAACAAUUUCUGCCUACUUUGCUAUAGGUAAAAAAGGUACCUAUACUUCGCUAUACCCCAGUUUAUCUGUCCAUUGCUGCCCAUCUCCUCUCUGCUGCCUCUUUCAGGGCAUUUCCACACUAGGGCAUUAAUUCAUAUGUAGAUCUUCACACAUGAAUGUUUUGCAUGUUAUGCACUUGAAAUCCGUCUCAGUGUUUUCAUUCUACAGUAGUGGGUGGUUCUUGAUGGAAUAUGUUCAUGCUGUGUGCUAUCCCCUCCCGACAGUGAGUACUUCUCCGCUUACCACAGACCACUGUGAGCAUACACACAGAUAUCUGUUUACCUGUGCUUGCCCACUUAUAUUUUUAUAUAAGAUUGGCACAAAGUACAAUAAAUAAUUAUUUUAAAAACAAAAAUGUCGCUCCAAGCCAAGCAAUGAUUUUGAGUUGGUUGCAUGAAAGGCUGCAACUUCCUUUCCUGCCCCUUUCCUUUCCUACCUUUUGUAUCAGCAAGGGUAAAUUUUAUGUUUAUUUUUAAUGCAGCUGCUUUGUAGAAGAUCAGCUCUGCACAAAAGAACCCCCUUAAAAAUAAAAAUAUCACUUAGCUGCCUUCAGAAACAACCAGUGGAAAAAGGCGGGCUGAUUUUUUUGCCUUUGUGCAAAGAAAAUGGAAGUAGGGGGUGUGGCAGUGAAAUGACAUCACACAUGCUUUGAAAAUAACACCUGCUUGCACAAUGAGCUUCAGUUGGGUAACAUGGAGUUUUAUAUUGGAUUUUCUUCCAUUACCAGAUUAUCUGUGGAUUACGAAAAUCCAAAUUUAGCAGGGGGGAAGUGUGGGCUGCCGUUUGGGUGAGGAGAAUGUUGUGUGGACAGUGGAAAGAAAAACAGAGACAUAAGCAGCUUCAAAUCCACACAUUAAAUUCCAAUGUGGACAACCCCUUUACAAGACCGGUUUGCAUCAACAUAGCCUUUGUUGAACCUCUGGAAUAAUGGAAACUAAAGUGAGAAUGAGAUCACCUCAAGCAUGGUCAAUAGGUAGAGUUGUUGUAUUAAGAGACAACCCAGACAUUAUAAUUUAUAGCCCAGCUCAACCAUACAUGCCUGUGGAAAGUGCUGGUGAAUGAAGCAUGCUCAGAUUAUCACUUUCUCUGGGAAUUUGUUUGUUUCAUAAAAUUUAUACACCACUUGACUGUAAAGUAUAGAGAAGAUACAAUUGGAGCCAACAUAAUUUGUAAAUUUGUCUGGGACUAAUUUAUCCCAUGACAUGUGUCAGGGCUGCCUCAGGUCUCAGCUCACAAAAGACCAACGCCAAUCUCUUCUUAUAUUCAAAAGUGUUUAUUGGAGUUCAUUGUUUGCUUCACAUCCGAGGCGCGCAGCCCCACGUCUGUUACGCUUAGACCGUUGAAGUCCCCUCUGAGUCAGUCCCUCCCCUGCACCAGUUUAAGAGGCUUGCGCUGCUCCACCUCUUCCUCUCUUUUCUUUUCCGCAGGGUCUUCCUGCCCGCUGGGGUUUCGCCCCUCCUGGAUUCCCCUGACGCGGAAUCCCCAGAUUGCUCUUCCCCCCUCCUGCGGGCUUUGGGACCUGGCCCCUCCUCCGGGCUUCCUGUACUUCCGCGCGCCUCUACAUUUGAACUUGGCGCGCGCGCCCAACCUCUAACCUUCCUUUUGACAGUUACACUACUCCCUUCACUACUCCCCUCCCCUUCCGAGAGGGUGGCUUGCUCCGACCUCCCUCCCUUCUCUGCUGCCGGAGCUGCUUCCCCUGAUACACUGGAACCUCCACCCCCUUCGCUGCACUCUGGCGGGGAGACUGGUCCUGACGCCCAGCUGCCACUUUGGGAUCCCCCGCUGGCCCCCUGCUCCUGACACGUCCCCCUGGGGCUCCCUGGCCCUGACCACCGGCGCCCCUUCUGGGAAUCCUCUGAUUCGCUGGAAAGACUCAUGGAAUCUCUUGAGUCAUUGUCAUCCUCUUCCUCGCUGUCCUGGGAUUCAUCCCCAUCGCUCUCCAUCUCCUGCCUACCCUGUGCCUCUGUCCCUGAACCCCUGACAACAUGGAAAUAAUUUUUCCAUUUAUCAUUUUAUUCUUCCACCAAGGCCUACAACCUACUAGCAGUUACCUGCUCACUACCUGAAAAUUCAUGUUUUAACAUCUGCUACCAGAAACUCAUAGGGUUACUCAGGAUAGUGUUACUCUUGUAACGUUACUCUCUCGGGUUACAGCCCCCUAGUAACUCGGCUUGCACUUUGUGAUCUAGUGCUCAAAGAGCUGUGACUCAGGCAUCCGAACGCGCCAGGUCAUGUGUGCAGACGGGGAUUCCAAGUUCUACAACCACGAGAUGUGCCGGGCCAUCCAGCCGCAGAUACCAGCCAUGCUUGGAACAUGCAACACCCAGCCCUGUAAUCUGCCGCAGCGUAAGUGAAAGCUAUCAGCUGUCCACAACCCCCCUUGGUUCUUUUCCUCCUUUUAAGGUGCUAUUCCUACCCAGUAUCCAUUUUUGGACACCUGGGCUGUUAGAAUGCAUAGUACCACCACCUUUACGUAACAGAUUCAGCAUUGGGUGUUGUUUUCUUUUGCUGCUCCUAAACCAUGGGUGGGCAACGUCUUCUCUUUGUUAAAUAAAGGCCCGUUGACCCAUGGGAGAAAUCAGUUGGGGGCCUGAGCCAAAGAUGGUCAGAGCUGCAGCCAACGGUGGGAGGACCCAGUAAUAAACUGUGUAUGGGCCCCUCCAGAGAUCUAUACAGUGGAUUAAAUUAUGUCAUCAGGGGUGCAAGAGGGCCUAGGAGCCUCCAAGCUGGCCGCAGCAGAUUGGGUCUUCCCUGCUCAAUGUUGGAAUCACUGAGAUGCCAUCAGGAUAGCAACAAGGUCUAGAGCAGCCUUUCUCAACCUGUGGGUCCCCAGAUGUUGUUGAACUACAACUCCCGUCACCCCUAGCUAGCAAGGCCAGAGUUCAGGGAUGAUGGGAGUUGUAGUCCAACAACAUCUGGGGACCCACAGGUUGAGAACCACUGGUCUAGAGGUUUCUCGGGCCUUUUCAUACCUAUUGAUGAAGAGACGGGCCUUUCCAUUUCCCUGCUAACUGCUCUUUAAAAAGAAAAAGAAAAAAGGAGAUGCCAGAGGUUGACCCUGGGAACUUCUUCCUUCAAUGCAUGUGAACUGUCUCUGCUCUUUUGGCUACAAAUUACAUAUACCUAAUCAAACUGUGGAAGCUGUCAGAACAAUGAUGAGAAAAGCAAGAGGCUUAUUGUCUGGAUGUGCUAGGGUAUCCGUUAGGGUUGCCAUACGCCUGUAAUCUCCCGGCAAAAUUUCAGGGGAAAUCCGGACGUAUGGCAACCCAUGUCGGCAGUGUCGUUUUUGCCAAUCCUCCUUAAAAAUAGCUCAAAAAGGUCAACAACUUUGUGUGUCCCCCCAAAAAAUCUCAACAUCUUUAUUAGUCUACUUCUUAUUGAAAUCAAUUAAUAUUAUGGUACCACAUAAAGCAGUACAGAACAGCAUCUGAUGGGUUCAGUUGGAACUGCCCUAAAAUCUGCCCCCAAUGUCAAGUCAUACAGUCUCAGCAAUAAUCCAGUUGGUGCUUCUCUGUUUCAAAAGUGUAAUAAAAGUAGGUCCUUUCUCCUUGCAUUUCUGUUUCUGUGUUGGUGCAUUUUUGCCUCAUAAUAACAACAUCUCACAUCUCAAGCCCUGGGUGUGAAAGCCUGCAGAGGUGACUUUUUGCAGCUUCAUUUUCACAUGUCUUGAAGUUCCAUUCCCCCCACCCCACCACAACAUUAAAAACAUAUAAUUGAAGCUUCCUUUCACUGAUUUCCAUGAAAGCAGGAUUUUUUUUGGUUAGAGGAUAAUUUAGAACAAUUCUCUCUGCUCUGCCCCUACCCUGUUCACCUAGUUGCUGAAGACACAGAUGAUUUUAGGUAUUCCCAGUUGUUGAUCUUAGUUCAAUGUUUCUAACCUAUGGAUACUAAUCUCAUUGCAGAGGUUCCCAGUAUGCAAGACUCUGCAGGCUAUGAUGUCAAUCGCCAGACCUUGCUGACCCGAUACAAUCCUAACCACGGCACCAUAGGUUUGAAACUACCUGAACUUUGCCUUCUUUCUCCAAUGUUUAUGUUGUUGUUUUUGUACCUUCCUUUAGAAUAGCUUUACAAAAAGUUAAGAGUCUUUGUGGCCCAUAUGUAUGUAGAGUACAGCUCUCUGAGGGAAAGAUGGGAAAUGGGAUGGACCCUGGACCAAGCCAGUGUCUGUCUUUCAUUUUCCUGACUCUGAAAUGAUGGUAUGCCUCUUAGAAAAGAAAGCAGUAGUGAACAUGGAGGUAGGGAGUCAAACCUAACCCAGGAGCCCAGAACCACUCCUCUACCACCACACAUCUUGCUAAUCUCCAAUGCCUGGCAGUGGGUCCUGCUGAAAUUUUGCCUCACACCCUUCCCUGCUUAAGGAAUGUGAAACUGCUUUAUGAAUUCUGCUUUAUUCAGUGUUAUUUCUAGGGCAGAUUCUGAGAGGGCCCCUGGGUUAGGAAAGCUUUUUGUGGUUCAUUAUCCUGGUGGGAUUCUGCCUGAUUCUGCAUACUGAUAGUUGUUGAGGCCAGUUUCAAAUGUGUGUUGGGCUUCUCCCCAAAAUGGACAGGGCCAGGCAGUAAUCACAUACCCUUAGCACGUAGAAAAUCAUAGACACUUGACCGAGACACACACUUGACACACAAGCACAUAUGUACAGGGGUGAUGGAAGACUCUAACAUAAUGCAGGAACAAAAAGCAGUUGUGAGGAAUUUCUAUGAAAAGGCACUGUCAACUUAUUUUUACUCUGAGUAGACCUAUUGAAAUUAAAGGACCUAAGUUAGCUGUGACUGUUAAUUUCAGUAGGUCAAUUUUGACUUGAACACAACUCGAAGUGCCUGUCCUGCUAAGGACAGAACGAGAGGCCCUGACAUAUAACCAUAGAUCUGGGCUUAACUCUAGACGUGAUCCUGUAACUGUGGGUACAUGCCAUAAGAUAUUAUGUUUUUCAGCUUCUGCAAAUGAAAGAAUAACCCAAGCUGGUUCUACUACUCAUCACCAAGUCCAGCCCAAUGGAGAUCAUGACUCCAAUUUCUUGCCCCUUCAAUUGGACUCUUACUUAGGAUCCUCAGUGUCCCGCCACUUCAAUUCCCAUCAAAAUGUUGCCUCAACAACUGAAGUUCAAGACUGCAACCAGAGCCUUCAUGGUUGCUGUUCAGAUGGCCAGACUGUGGCCGCUGGUCCCUUUGGCCAAGGCUGCCCAUUUGACACUUGCCAUCAGAGCAGGUAAGGCAAGCUGGUUAAAUCCAUUUAAUCUGCCCACAAAGACAGCAAAUCUGUUUGAACAGAUUACACCAAUAUUGAUUUCCAUUCUUUCCCCCUGGUAUAGGUAUGGGUGCUGUCCUGAUGGAAUAUCACCUUCUCAGGGGCCAAACAAGGAAGGGUGCCCACAAUACUACAGUGAUGUUUAUGUGAACAGGAAUGAACCUGCUGUUGCUGCUCCAACAGUAAGGGUGACUCCAGACAUCCUUCUUGUUGUGAAUUCAUAAUGAUUUGUACUCAUGAUGGUACCUGGGUGGUUAUACGCAAUCCUGCUUUAAUACUGUUUGCAUCUUCAAAUGCUUUGGGUCGGACAUACAGCCUCAUUUCCAAUCAGUGUAUAUACUGCAUCUUCCUAAUGAAAUCCUAUAACUUUUUCUACCAGUGGUGGGGUAGAGGGUGUUCCCCUGCUUUUGUUGCAUUGUAACACAAUAAUGCAAUAAGGCUGGAGAAGCCUUUCAGUAAAGCAGAAUGAAGUGUGGUCAGUCCAGUAUAAAUCUACCACUAAUGCACUAUUAUGUUGCAGAGUACACCUAAGCAUAGGAAAUAUUUAUGCCCGAUGUUCUAGGUGAAAUAAUUCAACAGUAGUCAGUAUUUAUACUGCGGGUGGCACUGUGGUCUAAACCACUGAGCCUCUUGGGCUUGCCAAUCAGAAGGUUGGCGGUUCAAAUCCCCAUGACGGAGGGAGCUCCCGUUGCUCUGUCCCAGCUCCUGCCAACCUAGCAGUUUGAAAGCAUGUCAGUGCAAGUAGCUAAAUAGGUACCGCUGUGGCAGGAAGGUAAACAGCAGCUCCGUGCCCUCUGGCACUUGUUAGUGUCCUGUUGCACCAGAAGCGGUUUAGUUCUGCUGGCCACAUGACCCGGAAAGCUGUCUGGACAAAUGCCGGCUCCCUCGGCCUGAAAAGUGAAAUGAGUGCCACAACCCCAUAGUCGCCUUUGACUGGACUUAACCGUCCAGAGGUCCUUUACCUUUUUAUCUUUACUUUAUACUGUAUUAUACCAACAGUGCGCUAGAUUAGAAGUUUUGGAUCUUGGCUCUGGUUUUCAGUUAAACCUGUGAUGAUCUUCUCCUUUCAGGGAUCUAAAUAUGUCCCUUCAUUCAGGCGAUGACUUUGAGGCAUUACAGUUACAUUGUGAUUGUAUUGCAUACAUCGUGUAAUGAGUAAUAAUACUACGGUAAUACCUACCAAACACACAAUCACACACUUGGUUCUAGUGGGUCAGUUACACAUUGAGGUAGGGUGUGUGAGAGAGAGGAAGACUAGCUUACUUAAAGUCACUUGAGAUCUUCUGGUUCACAGCUCAGUAUUAUAUAGGGACCAUAUUGCCCAAUCUGUAUUUGUGCAGUCCAUAAUGCCCCAAGAAACACCAUUGAAGUUGGGUUAGUAUUUGAAGCACAAUGUUUUGUAAAUGUUUCUCUGGAGUUAAUGAUAAACAUUUAGACCUUCAGGGGGAUCUGUAUCUCACAGGAAACAAACAGAAGUACUGGAUGAACCAGAUUGCUUGCAGCAUAUAUUAUGAUAAAUUUUCAGAUAAAUGGUGGGUGACUAUUCCUGCUUGGCAGGGGGUUGGACUCGAUGGCCCUUGUGGUCUCUUCCAACUCUAUGAUUCUAUGACUAGAGUAUUGUCCAGAUAGCAGCCACUGAGUUGUAGCAUCCCAUUGUCCAUUCUGGACUCACAAGCAGUAUUUUGGCUUUUUAGCACCCUGGACAUUAGCCCUAGCUCUGACACCAUGGUCCCUCUACUUUCUUCCUUCUUUAUUGUAUUUAUAUCCUUCCCUAUAAGAAGUCUCAGGGCAGUUCACAGAACAAGAUCAACAUAAAACACCACAAUAUAUACAAGAUAGAUAGUAGAUCUAUCUAUCUAUCUAUCUAUCUAUCAUCUACUUUCUUCCUUAUUUUCCUUCAACCACUUCUGGGCCUCCAGCUGCCUCUGGCAAUCAUGCUUGGAUCCUGUCCCAGCUGCUUUGCUAAGCACAAGCUGUAGUAGGAGCCUCUCCAGUGGCUGAGGAUUGCAUUUGCAACACCUAAUUAUCUACUGCAUUUUUUAGCAAAGUGCAUGGGCUCAGUUCCCAGGGAUACUGAUGGUGGGUGUUUUGAGAACAAAGUGGGUGGGAGCUUUGCCCAGCUGCUCGGGCCAUCUGGAGAAACAUCCAAUUUAUUCAUAGGUGGGCAGACUCUUGGGUUUCCUGUAUUAUCUGAGCUGAUGGUCCCCAUUUAGUUCACACUAGGCAAGGGGUCAACUUUACAAGCCUGAAGCAAAAGAAGAAGAAAAAAUAUUUUUCUUUUCCUUAGCAUGUCACUGGAACGGCUUAUGAAACAAUUCCCAUGCUCCCAAUAUUGCUUAUAAUUGUUAGUGGCAAUUAUCCCAAGUCAAAGAGAAACAUUUUGGUGCAUGUCUUCAUUACCUGCCAAAGUUGCCCCAUCAGGUGCUUAAAAAGGGAUGGUUGGUCUUAUCUCCUUCUGUGGAUUUGUUUAUGGGUUUGGUUUUGUGGUAUGAGAUCUUUUACACCAUCUCAGUAAUGAGACCGUCUCAGUAACUUCUGGCUUUGUCCAAGGCAAGCCGAGUUCUGUCCCAGGAGAGACCAGCGGAGGAGUGUCGUGUUUCUACGUAUGGUUGCUGCUACAACAACAUUGCUUCUGCUUCUGGGCCUCAGGGGGAUGGAUGCCUCAAUAGACCCAGCCAACGUAAGUGACGCUUAGGUUUUGAAAGGUGGUUUACCCAUUGUUUUCUGCCAACAUGAACAGAAUCACUAUAUAGCUUACAGCGCCAUGAAAAAGGAUGUAGACAAUCCAUUAUCCAAUGAAUAAGAAUAAGAAUAAGAAUAAGAAUAAGAAUAAGAAUAAGAAUAAGAAUAGCAAUCCCUUGGCCAGCAUUUAGAAUCGGUCUGAAAUCCACCUUUAAGAUCCCAGUCUCUGACUUCUGUUGGUUUUGUAAGAAAUGCCUAUUAAAUAAGCAGAGUACCAUUUCAGUUCCGUUUUAUGGGGCUUCUGCAUUCAGUGUUCCUGACAGGAAGGAAUCACUUAACACAUUUCUGUUAUUGAAUUAUUCUUGUUCAGCUACCCUGAAGAAUGAAUGGCUGGCAAGCACAGUUUCCCAGAAAGGAAAACAGCAUGGACAGGGGCAGGGACCAAGCGACUGCAGACUUGAAGCCACCUGGCACCUUGCCGUCUUUUUCAAAGCUGCAUUGUUUAUCACAGUCGGCUACUUCUGGUUGGCUUCUGCAAGCUGUGAUGGGCAUAGGCCCAACCUAGAAGUGCUCACCCACAUACCCUUGAAGCACAAUGCCUGGUUUUGUGAGCAGCGCCAUUUGAUACAGAGACAGAACUGAGCCUCUGAUAACGUGAAUCCUGACUCCCCUCUAAGGGCAAAUCCAUAAUGCAAACUUUUAAGUGCAAAUUAUUUUAAAUUAACUGUCCCAGCUUUCUCAAAAGAAUUCUAGAAAAUGGUUAUGAUUAUUAUUUUUUAAAAAAAGAUCUGAUCUUAAAUGACGUUUGCUGCCUUUUUUUUACACCUGCUCUCAUAACGCUGGCCCCCUGCUAGGCUUUUUCAGGUGCUGAGGCAGAAUACUGUGACAGGAGACCCCUCCAACCCCAGACUCGUUUAUCUAAGCUUCCAGUGACUGCUUUGUACUGCCAUAGCAUCCUUUGUGCCAGGAACGCUGGCAUGAUUUUCCAACAGUUGAGACCUGGGCAGUAGUGACAGGAUGGGAAUGGUAUGUGGUGAGGGGUAGGCAAGUCUGAGAGAGUGUGUGCUUAUCCCACUGCUUCUUACCUGAUGCCUCCACCCAGAGUGAAAACACUCUCCAGUUGCCCUUGCGCCAUGAAUAGGACAGCACUCUUUGAACAGUCUAUCCUGGACUGGUCUGGGCUUCAGUACACAUCUGACUUUAUUGUUUACUUGUACUAGCUGUACACACAGUUCUUGAAAAAGACUACGACAAAAUCACACAGUAAAAAAUAGUUUUGCUGUGCCUGAGCAACCUGUAGUGAAUGAGCAAGGGUUGAUAGCAGGCUUCAAGUUCCUGAUACCAUAUUGUCAUCUGGGUUUAUUUACUGAGCAUCUUACAGACGAACAGCGAUUUGGGGCUCAUGAACACUUCUGUUUGUCCCGUGCCAAGAAAGCUUGGGCCUGAGAAGUUUCCCACUUAUCCUGUGCUUUCUAGGUGUGGCUCCAAAUGACUUUGCUACUUGCUCCUGGAAAACCCGCUCUUUGUGCUUAUCAUACUUCCUCUUGUCCUGCUGCUUUCCCCCGCCCCAGGGCACCUGCUCUUUAAAGCUCAUUCAGAGCAAAUGGCAAUUUGGGUUUUCUCCAGAUUGACAUUUGUUCCGAUUUAACACUAAAGAGCAGCUUUUCCAUGGGAAAGGAGUGGGGCAGAGGGGGAAAUCACUCAGACCCAUGCUUUCUAGGCAUGGGACAAACAGAAGCAUGGAUGAGCCCUGAGUGGGGAUGUGGUCAGAAGAAGAUUUGUGUAUCUGCUUAUUCUAUAACAACUGCUUCUCUCCUGACAUUUCCUAUUAGCUUAUCCUAUCGGUUGCCUGCUGCCCAGCGCCCAUGGCCCAUGCUCAGAUUGGACUACGCGCUGGUACUUUGUACAUGACGUUGGGAAAUGCAAUCGGUUCUGGUAUGGGGGCUGCCACGGCAACAACAACAACUUUGCUUCUGAAGAGGAGUGCAUGAAAACUUGCCAUAGAUCAGUGGGCGGGAGUGAUGUGGGACACCACCACCAUGCUGCAGUUCCUAACAUCCACUCUAGUUCUCACUUGGGAGGAGUUGCAGAGGAGCAGCACCAACAGCAGCCUGCAAGAGGAGCCACGAGUCAUAGCCAUGGAGGAGGAGGACGUGGGGCUUUCCAUGCUCACACUGACUCAGAAACUCACUCAUUGCUACGUCAUGGGGAGAGAGGCUGGGGAAGGACCAUGACUGUAGAUAGCCUGCCUGAGUCUCAGCAAGGGAUGGGGGAAAGAAGGAAGGAUCCAGCAAACCACCUUCAUGGUUUAGGGGAAACCGUGGUCUCUGGACACUCUGAGAGGCGGCAGACGGUUCACCGUGAGCAUGAAGGGUGGAGGAGAGAAUCUGCAGCACAUGGAUCAGUAGCAAAUGGAUUUGAGCGCCACGCCUCAGCAAGCUCUUCCUUCCCUCACUCUCUAAACAGGUAAUAUUUUGCAAUAGCAGGCGUCUCUGCUAGGAGUUGUUUUCUGCAGCAUGAGAUUGUUUUGCUGCAGGGUGAGGACAGACAACCUAUCAUAAAGGAUUCCAAUAUAAGCCUGACACAGGAGUAAUCCCCUCCACCCCUUGGGAAUGUGAGCUACCCAGUACCAGUAUUUUCUUUUUAAAUUUUAAAGUGGCCGUGCAUUCAUUUUUAUACACCCACAACCACUGACUUCACAAAGGGAUGUGAAUGAGUUGUGUCUGCUAACAGACUUGUAGUCGGCUGUAUCUCUCCUGACUUGUGCUGGAUUCUAAUGCCUGGCAGCCGUGGUCUUUUAAAAUCUGUUGUUAUGAGUAACUUCAAACUCUUACUGGGGCAGUUAACUAAAAGUUAACUAAAAGGCCCCAGCUCUUGAACACUCUACUGCAGGAAUGGAGAACCUUUGCUGCCUCCCAGUGUUGCUGAACUUCAACUCCUGCCUUCCUUGGCCAUUGGCUUGCUGUGGCCGUUGGGAGUUGUAGUACAGCAACAUCUGGAGGUCCAAAGACUCCCCACCCCUGUUCUAAAGAUAGGCAUUUGGAUAUGACAACAUGGUUUGGCCCUUCAUCUAGAUAAAGAUUGUUCUGGAUCAAGAACUGGUCUUCCAGAGAAGUGUCUGUUUAUGAAUUUUGGGUCUGGUAUGCAUGUGAUGCAGCAGGUUUAACUUUCUCCCCCAGUCGGUUUGCACUGUCUCUUCAGUCAGCAGAAGACUCUUCUGCCACUGUUUCCUUGCUUUAGCAACAUGCAGACUGCUUCCAGCUCUGCCUAACAUGGAUCCACAGGGGUAGCUAAAAUGCUAUUACAGUGGUACCUCGCAAGACGAAUGCCUCGCAAGACAAAAAGCUCGCUAGAUGAAAGGGUUUUUUGUUUUUUGAGCUGCUUCGCAAGACGAUUUUCCCUAUGGGCUUGCUUCGCAAGAUGGAAACGUCUUGCAAGUUUGUUUCCUUUUUCUUAACACCGUUAAUACAGUUGCGACUUGACUUCGAGGAGCAACUCAUAGAACACGGUGUGGUAGCCUUUUUUGAGGUUUUUAAAGACUUUGGUGAUUUUUGAAGCUUUUCCAAAACUUUCCCGACACCGUGCUUCGCAAGACGAAAAAAAUUGCAAGAGGACAAAACUCGUGGAACGAAUUAAUUUCGUCUUGCGAGGCACCACUGUAUUAGUUACUCCAGACUCUAUUGCCCUUGCAAAAGCAUCAGGUGUUUUCUCUCUUUAUCAGCAGUUAUGCAUUUCCUACCCUGUGCUUUCAGAGCAGCCUUUGAACUUUGGGCUAACUAUAGUAUGUCUUUCAGGGUCUUCUUGGAUGGAUCGGAGUCUUCAGCAGUGGAGGCCGGCUUGGGACAAAGCAUCCGUCUUCUCUGUAAGGCAGGCAGUUCCCGCUUCUCCAAAGUUGAAUGGCAGAAGGAUGGGCGGCCAGUGUCCUCUGACAGGUGAGCUUGACCCCAGCACCCACCCCUGUGGUGGAACCCGCCCUACUGAAACCUAUUAACACCACAGAAGCUUUUGGGUGAGUGGAUGACUUUGACAUGAGUCUUAUAUUUUAGAAUUCCUAGACACAGCAAUUUCGAUGAGUAGCGGUAGAAGCUCUCUCUAUAUUUUAUGGGGCCUGCAACAGAAUAUUGCUGCGUGGAGCGCUGCUCGGGAUUCCAGCCAAUGCACUCCAUUCUGAUGCACACACCAGCCACCGCUCACUGCCUUGGUUUUCUAUUCCACACCCUGCCCUUCCCUGUGUUUGGAUAUUUCCGUUCCACCUUAAAAGGGAGCAGGCUUUGUGAGUCACAGAGUCUGCGCAUUUCCUGUUCACAGGAAGUUUAUGUUGUCUUUUGUUUUCGUUCUCUCUGUGUCUGGAGACACUGAAGCAGGCAGUCAUGUUUUUCUUUGUUCUGAUUAACGCUGAAUAAAACUUGUAAAUAAUGCUCUCCUGAGUGUGACUUUGGCUGUGCAUUAUCUGCUGAUAGAGAGUGUGCAUCGGCUCUAGGAUGUGGCAGGCUAUUUCUGGAGCUCAUGUCGCUAAUUGCUGAUACUGCGUGUCUACGGGAGAUCGAUGGAUCGUCCGGCAGCCGGCUUGGGGGCCAUGAUGGACUUUAUCUCCCUGGCAGUAUCCCAACACCCUGCUCUACACAGGAUUUUUCUAAAGAUUCCUUUGUAUUUCUUUAAACUUUGGGGCUCCCUCAAGCCUGCUGCUACUCCCCUCUUGUGUGUGUGAAUGGUGCUGAGUUUGUUACAAAAGGACCGGCAGCAUUCAGAGAACUGAGAUUACUGUUAAUAUUAAAGAUUAGUGACUGAUAUCAGACUGCUCAGUGCAAAAAAUUACGUACUGAGCAAAGUGGACUUCUGUGGCUCUUGUGCAUGACAUGAAAAUGAAGCACCCCCUCCCCACGUGUGUGUAUUUUCUUGCAUUAUUCACUGGGUCCCACCUACACAACUACUAGAAAAACUGAUCAGAAGUCCACCACAUCGUUUAAGAUUCCACCAGGCACUGCCCCAGUAGAGAAAUAAAUAAAAAGUUACUGUUAACAGGCAUUGGGUGCCAACAGGAUUUGCUGCUGCUUUAUAGCUCGUCUGCAAUAUAUGUCAAAUGCUCUCAUUUCUCCUCCUGCAGGCAUACCUACCAGUCUGACAGUUCCUUGGUGAUCAGCCAGCUCAGAGCUGAGGAUGCUGGGACCUACAUGUGCAAAAUUUCGAAUGGGAGGGUAGAGCACAGGAAGAUUGUGCUGAGGAUCAAAGGUGAGGCGUUGUUUCUGUUUUAAUACUUGAGCUACCUUUGUCCAUUUUGUCAAUCGAAGCAGCCAGGCAUAAGGAAAACGCCAACUUUGUAAUAAUAAUCUGUCUGGUGUAAUGAAAAUGCUAUGGGUUGUAUCACCUGAAAUGAAUGGCCGCAGCCAACUUAGGCCUAUUAAUUUUAAUGGAUCUACUCUGAGUAAAAGUUAGUUUAAUAAAACCCUGUGAUGUCAGCAAAUCAGUCUCUUACGCUUAAGCCAAGAAAUAGUAUUCUCUAUGAAAUUGAAUAUCAAUAUACGUAUCAAGGCUUUGAGAUUAGACCACUGAAGAAGCCUGGAAAACUACCUUGGGAGUGUGCUACCUGCAAGCCCCAGUAAAAGGGCGCCAUCGGGGGUGAUCAGCGGCAUCUUUAUUACUUGGACUGCCAGGGUGAAACAGGUGCAAAACGCUGGCACCCUGUCUACAACUUUAUCAACAUCCAUCUACAACUUCACUAGCAUCUCUCGAUCUUGUGUCGGUUGAAUGAGCAACCUCUUUUCUAUUCCAACCCUGUCUGCUCUGUGGUGGUAGGUCUUUGAGGGAGUUCUGCUCUGUCAUAAUUUUGUAAUGUACUUUGUAAGCAAGGUCUCUGAUUUUCCUUCCCAACCACCUCUAAUUUAGCCAUGUUGGGAGGAGCUGCACUUUUCAAUUUCUAGUAGGAAUUGGGCUGUUGCCUGAGCCAGGGCACAUUUAAACUCUGGCCUCAUAAAUGAGGGGAUGUCUUUAUACAUUCAAGGGCCCAGUUGGGUAGUGUUUUGCACAGAACAUGCAGAGGUACUGGACCUUGCAUGAAGGGCAUUUCACUCCAGGCAAGAUUGUCUGCUAGAGAUUGUGAGCAAUACACAUACUCCGGAUUGGGUUACCGUUUUAUAGUGGGCUCCCCUCCUAAACUGUUCCUGCUGGCAGGGGAAAGCAUACUUUUACAAUUAGCACUGGGGUGAGAAACAAACAGGUAAACAACAGGUUUCCCAUGGCUCUUUUAAAGGAAGUGAGCAGAUAAAUAGUUGGUUCUGAUAUGCGAAGUUAGCUGCUGAUUUUUUUGUGCAGUCUUAUGGCACAGGGCACUCUUAUUCAGAAUUCUCUCUCCCUAGAAAUCCCUGGAUCUGAUGUUUCACAGAGAGCGGGGAAUCAGGUGAUUCAUGGUCAAAAUCACCAGCACAGAGCGUUUGUUUCAGGACUUAGUACUGGGCAGUCACAUGACUCUCCUGUCAACCUUCCUCAGACAACAUACAGGUAAAGCUAACAGCAAAUAUUAUACCUCUGUUCUUUACAGUGUGUCAAACCAGGCUGUGGCCCUUAAGCACUGUGGGCAGGCAAGAGAACUAUUUUGAGAAGCUUCAGGGUAUGAAAUCACAGCUAUAUUGCAACUCAUCUCAGGAAUAUUCACAGCAGCCUCCUUGGGAGGUGGGGACAGCUUGUUGCCGUCAUGUUUAGAAGUCCAUCCCAUAAUUUUUUACAAGUGUUAACAUUCCAGCAUCUGGAACAGGUCCAGUAGGUCUCCUGCUCUUUCCCCACAAGCAAGACUUGGCCCAGAACUUAUGCCAGUCCCAAUCUCCUGUCAGUUGUGGUGGUGGUUGAAGAGGCCUUAGACCACUGUUUCUGUAAUGGCCGUAGUCGUAGUUGCAGUCAGUCCAUCCUGAGUCAUAUGGGUGGAUGGUGGCAGUUCUUGCCAGUUCCUGCUGUCUGCACCUCCCAGGACAAAAGGAGUGGUUCUCGGCAGGCUAUUAUUUAUUUGAUGAAUUUCUAACCUGCCCCUUCAGGACACAUUGCUUUCUCAAAGCAGUUUACCAAAAUAAAACUGCCCUCCUAACUCAUGAAGUUCCCACUUUCUCUCUCUAGCCGGCUGAUAGUUCAAGCAGUUGGGAGUGUCUAGCAUGGGAGGGGAAUGGGAAUAAGUUGACCUCUUGGUACUUUUCUGGUAAGCAUUGGGGUUUUUUAUCUCUGGAGUGAAAGGAGUGGCUAGUGAAGAUCCUCAAAUAGCUACAUGGUGAAACAGUAAUAUUCCACUGAAAUUCUAGAAAUCAAGAUACAGAACCAGGCAGGCUGGGGCUACAGGGAUGGCACUGAAAAGAACAUUCUGUUACUGUGGAUUCUUGUGGCUAAAGGCAUUUCUCUAGGCUUGCAGCCAAGAGAGUACUUAAGGAAGAUGUGUUUAUGCAAGCCCGCAUUUUGUAAAGCACUCGCCUAGUUGGUUUGCAGCUUCUGUCUUAAGUGCAGCCUCUGCAGUAAUCCAUUCAUGCUCAAAUCAAGAUGAGGAGCCGCUGCAUACUAAGUGUGUGUGUGUGUUUGCACAGGUGCUGUUCACAGGAAAAGUCAAGAGAAAGGUCCUGAUUACAUUACACAGAUUCAAAAUACAGAGCUGGAACACUGCUAUUUCUUUGACACCUUGUAAAUUUGUUUUCCAGGUUAAAAAUGUAUAAGAAUGAACCCUCAGUUGUUGAUGCCAAUAUCGGGGAGCGAGUCAGAUUGCCUUGCCGUGUAGAGGCUUUGCCUUCUGUAACCAUUGAGUGGCAGAAAGACGGACAGCCCAUCUCCUCUCCAAGGUAAGCUACAACUAAUGUGUUUCUACUUUCCCAUCUUCUUCUUUCAAUGCCAGGGGUACACAGCUCAUACCACUCUGACCAACAGGGCUACGUUGUUAGGUUAAUUAAGGACAAGCAUUUGUUAUAAUUUUUACUGUUUUUAAAGGCACAUCCUCUGCUAAGGUACAUUUUCACUGUUGUAGGCACUCUUUGUGACAUUAUAGCUUUUCACAUUCAUCUGAGGGCAGACCCCAUUUCUCUUGAUGCCAACCCCCCAGGUCAUUCUCCAUCCUCAUUUUUCAUUUUAGCAAAACCUUAUCUGAGCAACCCCUUUCUCUUUCUGUUUCCCCACCCAAAGUCUUAAUUACAACUCCCAUUUUGUAGUUACCUACUAUUUUCCCUUCAGCCUGUGACUCCUUUCAAAAUUUCUGAAAGCUAGUUCUCUCCUGUCCUGAGGGCAAGGUGGGUCCUUAGGUAGCCUGGUGGCAGUGUUGGGGGCAGUGGUGUUCCAAUGGGGGGCGGUGCUCCCUGGGUGCCAUGUCUGGGGAGGUGACAAGAAGGCACUCUGCUUGUGGCUGCAGCCAUAUGUAGAGGAUCCUCCCUUCAUGGCUGCAGCUGCGAGCAGAGUAUCCCGGCACCGUCCGUACGGCACUGGGUGGUGGCAAACUGCUAUGUACAGCGCAUGUGUGGCAUCGCUAUGUACAGCACAUGCGUCACACGUAGCACUGCUGCACAUGCACCCUACGUAGUGAUGCCCCACCCCAGGUGUCACAAUGCCUUCAUUCGCUCCUGGUUAGGGGGAGGCCACCUCAGCUGUAACUCUGGGAACUAGAUGGCAGGGAAUUCCCCUCCCUUCAGGGCAAGAUGGUCCUUGCAUAGCCUUGUGGUGGAGGUUGGGGAAGUAGAGGUCACCUCCAUCAAGAAGGCUGCCUUUACAUGGUACAUACCUGCUCUGCUUACCCCACAUUUAGUGACUUACUCGGUCCUUAUUCUGGUUCAUCCAGUUCAUUGCCAAAUUCACUGAAAUAAUGUGACAAAACUGUUGUGACCACUUAACCAAAAUUGGUUCUUGUGACAACCAAGGACUUAAAAUUCUUCAAAGUCAUUACACAGUAGUUGACAGCAAAAGUAAUUGUUAUUUUAAUAAUAAUAAUUUUAUUAUUUGUACCCCGCCCAACUGGCUGGGUUUCCCCAGCCACCCUGUGCGGCUUACAGCACACAUAAAAACAUAGUAAAACAGUAAACAUUAAAAACAUUUAAAACUUCCCAAUAGAGGGCUGCCUUCAGAUGUAAUUCUUUAUCUCCUUGACAUCUGGCUAAAGGGAGGGCAUUCCACAGGGAGGGUGCCACUACUGAGAAGACCCUCUGCCUGGUUCCUGGUUUUACAGAUAAAAGGGGCGAAGCCCACCUGCACUGUACAAGCUUGAAUUCAAAAGGAUGAGCUUGAAGAGAGACUACUGCUCUUUGGUUGUUGUUCACUUUGCAGCAGUCAGACAGGCUUGACAGCUGAUCCUCAGAGGUCGUAAACAAGUUUUGAGAGAGAGAUGUGGAGGCACAGUAAGGGUGCCUGCAUUCAGACUAUGCUUUGAGCAAUGUAACCUUUCUCAAAUAAGUCAUUGAGUUAGAUGCAAAUAAAUUCCUUCUCGUUAAGACUCAUAGUCGCUAUUCUUCUCUUGCUUUCCAGGCACAGACAGCAGUCUGACGGUGCCUUAGUUAUCAGUCGCCUUGCCUCUGAAGAUGCUGGCUUCUUUACCUGCAUUGCUUCCAAUGGCCGUGAUCAGGAUCAGCGAAGAGUCCAGAUCAUACCUAGAGGUACUAAAAAGCGAAGGAAGAUAGAUCUUGCUUUGAUAUUAAGGGGGGACUAGGGUGAACUUGCACAGGAGGUCAAUGGAAAUGCUCAAUUUGUGCCAAGCAUCAGGCCAACGAACAAUGCUGAGAGCCAAUACGCACCUACAACCAAUCUGGAGUGGGAGAUAUUUGUGUGUUUCAAACAAUGGGUUCCUUCGUAUUUAGGUUAUCUGAAAUAGUUUGAAAAUGAGAGGGAGUUGCAGUGAUGUGUUUUUAAAAAACCAACCCCAAACUGAGCUACUCACACAAAGCAGCCUCAGACAGUUCUGUUUCAAGCAGCCAGCAACAUGUUUAUUAGUACUUGGUGCUAAUGAUGAUGAGGCCAUGUGGGCCCCUCCAGAUGAGCAUUCAUCCUGAUUUGCUUGCACAAAUAAGGUUUGAUUAUAUCCAGCCUUCAUGGACCAUUUGUUCCAAUUUGUUUGCAGGGCGGUUAUAUGACAAUAAACAUUCAUUCUGUUUUGCUUGUGGGGUGUUGCACACACAUUCCCAUCAGUAAUUCAUUCAUAUCACACUUUUCAAGGCCUUUCCCCAUCACUUUCCAAGCUGCAAAAGGUUUGAUACACUUUUUAAAAAUAAAAAUUGUUUUGCUAGGGCAACGGAGCUCUUUAAACCACUUUAAGUGCACAAAGCUAAAGUUCUGGCGUGCAACUGAAUCACUCCCACACAAUACUGACACACUGGAGGUGCCCAAAUUUAGCUUCAUCAUUAGUAGCACCAAGUUAGAGCUCAUGCUUUUGCAUGUAAAAAGGCUCUGUCCCUGCAUCUAAGGCUGGAACAGAUUUCCAUCAGAAACCCUGGAGAGCUGCUGCUGGUUAGUGUAGACCCGAGGUCACCAAUGUGGCCCUCUUCAAGACUUCCCCUGGUGCCCACAAAGCCUCUGAGCAUUUCCCCUGCUCGCUAACCCUUUCAUAUUGAGAUGGUGAAGGGGAUUACCUUUCUCUUCCACUGCCACCAUUGGAAAUGGCAUAGAGCUGAAAAAGGAAGUUGAAAGAGCAAUGUUCUUUCCCACUUCCUCUUUCAAUUCCACAGCCUUUUCAAGGAACUGGAUCAGCCCCUGAGUAGCUGAACAGAAGACAGAGUGACCAAGAAGAUAGGAAAGAAAAUGGAGCAAUCCAGGAGGAGGAAAUCAGAGCAGCUGGGGGGACAAAAUAGGGUGGAGACAGACAGACACAUGCACAAACACUCAAGUUGAAUCCAGCAAAACAGAUCCUCUCCAAUUUGCAUUAUUUCCCACCAUCAGGUCACAGAUCAUAUCUACCUCCAUUGACUUUCCAGUAAGGCCAUGGUACAAAAACAUAGAGCCUCAUAAUUUUUGUAAGAGUUCCUCUCAAACCACAACCAAAUCAUUAGUCACGUGUGUACACAGAUGUGCUGGCUCUGUUGUCACACUCUGUAAAAACCAAGAGGAUCCAUGCCUUAGAUCAAUGUUUUUGUAGUAAUGGAAAUCACCAGAUGUGCAAGGUUUACUAUAAAGCUUACAGGGGUAACCUGUAAUUUAAUGUAUUUUGAAGGGACCCCAUGUACAAUGGUACCUUGGUUUGCAACCGUUUUGGAUUACAACCACAUCAAACCUGGAAGUGUGGGUCCCUUUUUUGGAUUACAACCCAUUUUUUUUAUUACAACCCAUUUUUGGAGGCCCCAUUGGCGAAAGCGUGCCUUGGGUUACAACCUGUUUUGGUUUACAACCGGACCUCUGGAACGGAUUAUGGUUGUAAACCAAGGUACCACUGUACAAUCAUACACAUUCAAUUCAUUCUACUUUACCCGUAACUCCAAGAGCAAGAGAGCACCUUUUAUUGUUGUUCAUCUGUGAAGGGAGGGGGCACUGACUGCUGGGGUGGGGUGAAGAAAAAAAGCAAGCGGAGGGGAUGGUGCCCACAGUAUAUUUUGAAUGUGCCCAUGGGCCAAAAGGAGGUUAGCAGCUCCUGGCAUAGACAAGAGUGAGCUAGGUAGACCUGUGGCCUGACUCUACAUAAGCCAGUUUGACUAUAGCGCAAAAGCAGCCCUCCUGGUUUAAAGAGUUAAAGUCUCUCAAAUUAGAUGGGAGGCUAGAAGACCACACAAAAUUCAUAGGGUGUUUUUUUUGUGUGUGGAGUGGAGACUAGGGCAGUUUUGGCAAUUUCAACUUUCAAACUAGUUUAAAUCUUCAACGCUAUGGAACUCUGGGAACAAGUACUCCUGUGACUGAACAAAGUUGUUGCUUUUUGUUGUUGCUAAGACCAGAGUUCAUAUUUUUGCUACUAAAGAAGAGCCUUGAAGAAAGAGGCAUUUUAACUAUAGGUUGAUGGUUACAUCAUAAGGUUUCUGGACAAAGGAUCCUGUUGUGGAAAAUGGCGCUGAGAUUCCUUUCCCACACUUUACAGUAGGCUAGUGUCCAGCUCGAGAGGCCAAGUUCAUGCAAGCAGCAGAGCUUUGGGUAGUUAGUCAGCGCUGGGUAUUCAGAGCUCGGCAUUCACAGCACCGUUCCUGAAGGAAUUGGCUUGGCCCCCUGCGUGGACUCUUCCUGGGAUUGACAAUACCCUUUUCCUCCUCAGGGGAGCUGAGAAUCACUGGCCUGCUGCCCAGCCUCUCUGUGUCAGAGGGGGAGACUGCUCAGCUUCAAUGUGUUGUGACAGGCAACAAUGUGAACAUAAGAUGGUCAAGGUAAAAAAAGGAAAAACUGAGCUGCAGAAUUUACCUUCCCUUCCUUUCCCCCUCAAUUCCACUGAGACAUGCAUUGGCAAGCAAAAACUUGCAUUAACACAGCAAUGGUGAAUCCAGGUUUACUUUAGUCUUCAAUCCCAACUCGGCUGUUGAGAAUGUGGUCUCUGUUCAUGUAGGUUUGUUAAAACAUUUGUGUGCCUGCCUGUGUUUCCUUCCACUUGGGUCUGCAGUAGGUGAGAGGCCUCUCUCUGUCAAAGUGCAAAACGAAGGCAUUUCUUUCUGCUCAGGAAUGGAGUUCCGGUGAGAGCCGAUGGCCAUCAUGUCCAGACGUCCCAGGAUGGAAGCCUAUUCAUAAAUAAUGUGCAGACGGGUGAUGAGGGGUCCUACACCUGCAAUGCCUACAGUGGCAGUAAUUCUGUCAGUGCUAGUACAGAGCUGAAACUUAUCCGGAAGAGGCCAGAAGGUAUGUAUGCUCAACAGUCUUUCCAGCUAAGCCUCCACAAUUGUAGAGUUCCAUUCUCAACACUAUGAGCACAUGCUAGCCUCUCUUAAGGCCUCAGGUAAAUGCAUCUCCCAAUAGGAUCAGGUUCCCCUUGGAGCAGACUUGUGGGGUUCUUAAUUUACAUUUCAGAUGCCUGUCCUGUUUAAUUUUCUCCUUUAAACACAACUGCCCUGAUUGGUUUUACCACUUUUUUUCUGCUUUACGUUAAGCAAUAACUUAACUGAAUUUUCAUGUUCAGUAGUAGUAGCCCUGUGUCAUACCACUUGCUAGGAGGCCAAAGUAAGAGAUAACACUGUUAUCUUUAAUGCCCUGAAGCUUUUGACCUUAGGCCAGCAUGAGCAUUCACAGUGCACACAAUGGCACCAGUAGGAAGUGAAUUAUGCUGCAUUCCCAUUGGAGGGGAAAUAGGACCAGUAGGUAAUAACUACCUUGUUCUACUUCUUUAUAAUGUAGGAAGAAGUAAAACUAUAUUUCUUGGGGUUUGGGUCAAAUAGGACAGUAAACACGUUUAGUAACUGGAGAAACGUGUUGUUUGUACAUUAACAAAUGAGCUUGUACAUGACGAACUAUAGACCUGCCCCAAACCACUGUGUUAAAUGGGACUCAUUUCUUGAAUCAUGUCCAUAGUUUCCCCCCAGUGGAAACCCUGCACAAAGGAUUCCACUAGCUCAAUGGCCUUCUCUGCCCACCCCCGGUGCACCCCUAAACUUGGCUCCAGAGGGGGUAUUGGGAGAACACCCAGAGUAGCAAAUGGAACCAUCUCCUUAGGUUCAGCAAUUUUAGUGCUACAGGGGUGGUAUUCAGCUUACAUUUUAGAUAGUGCAAUGGGCUUGAGUAAAACUUAGUUGAUUACCACCAUAUACCACUAAAAUUGCCAAACCUUAUUUUGAAAAUGAAACAAAAUGUUGCUUGUUAUAGAAGUGGAGGAGGGAAAAAUAUGAGGUCAAGUUCAUUCAGUUUCAGUUAUUAAAAGCUAAGGGCUGGACUAAUUUCAACCUGCCCUUAUAGUAGGUAACAACUGCUUGGUGAUUCUCAGACUGAAGCACUUACAUACCACAGCUUUCCAAACUGUGUGUCACGGCACAUUAGUGUGUCGGCUGCAGUGUGUAGGUGUCACACAAACACUCCCUGUGCGCUUCCCAGAGCUGGAAAGGGAUUAGUUUAACCUCCGGUUUGGUAGUAAAACUGAAUUACUGUGUCGCAAAAUGAUGCAUGCCUAAAAAGUGUGUCACCAACAUGAAAAGUUUGGAAAUCUCUGGCCUAGGGGAUAGUUUCUUACUAAAAAUGGCAACUGCUAAGAACAUGGGAGAUCAAACAGAGCUUAUUGCUCAUUUCUGCCUUUGAAUAUCUCCUAAGCUAUGGAUUCUUAUCACAUUUGUUCAAGGUGCAGAACACAGAAUGUACUCUAGCCUAUAGUGCAGGAAGUAAAUUCUUCUGUAGUCUUAGAUGAUUGCAUGAAACUGUGUUCAAGUCCUCUUCUCUCUUCCUUCUCCUGCAGUACCUGCACGCCUCCCUUUGGACCCAAGCAGGGAAUGUGUUGACCAACCACACCUUGCCAACUGUGAACUGAUUAUACAGGCUCAACUCUGCAAUAAUGAGUAUUACUCUAGCUUCUGCUGUGCCAGCUGUUCUCACCACCAGGGCUGA